UACACGCACGGAAAAACAGUUCGAUACUCUUGUAAACUUGGGUACACAAUUGAAGGCGAGGCUGAACUGACUUGUGUAGAUGGAAGGUGGAACACUGCCACUCCCAAGUGUAAAGGUUAGCGUUCAUUCUUGGUUUUUAAGAUAAAAGCUUGUGUUGUUUUUAGAGGAAAAGCGGGUUGUUUUAUUUGCAACCUUUUAAAUUGCGUGAGAGAUUUCGGUACAAAUGAAUUACAUACCCCGCAACUUUGAACCGUUUAAAGAAGAAUUAGCUGGCGUGCGUCUAUUCAAGUUGCAGUUACUUAAUACCUUGCUAUCUUCAUUUCUUGUAUUAGUUCAUUAUAUGUAAACGACAAAGGCUAAAACAUUAACCACCCUGUAAUUAUUACGAUAGCUGUUAAGUGUGGUAACCCUGGCAAACCAACAAACGGAAAACAGAUUUUCAGGAAGGGCUACGUCUAUGGUGGAUCAGUCAAGUUUUUUUGUGACAAGAAUUACACUCUAAUGGGGGCUGAUGUUAUAUAUUGUCAAGCUAAUAGGAGUUGGAGUUCCUCUGUUCCACGUUGCUUAGGUAAGUGCCAUGCCUAAGAGAAAAUUAAAGACAUUUACUCUCAUUAGUUUGUGCCUUAAAGUAUAAAUAACAGUAAGACUAAGUGGUCGUAGAAACGUAAUAUAUGAAAAUUAGCGGUAGAAAAUUGUAGCUUUUUACAAAUACGUAUUAAUACUAGUUGUUCGAACAAUUUAACUUAGUGUGCUGAACAAAACUAAGAGAAACGCAAGUUAACGAUUAAUUUACUAUGAAAUUUGGUCUUAAAGAACAAAUCAUUCGUUUACCCUGGCUAGUUUUUCUGUUAUUAAGAGUUUUCUUUCUGUUCAAAUUAAAGCUAACUGUGGAUCCCCUGGUGAUAUAAAUCACGGCCUUAAAAUCGGUAAUAACUACACGCACGGAAAAACAGUUCGAUACUCUUGUAACCUUGGGUACACACUUGAAGGCGAGGCUGAACUGACUUGUGUAGAUGGAAAAUGGAACACUGCCUCUCCCAAGUGUAAAGGUUAGCGUUCAUUCUUGUUUUUUAAGAUAAAAGCUUGUGUUGAUUUUAGAGGAAAAGCGGGUUGUUUUAUUUGCAACCUUUUAAAUUGCGUGAGAGAUUUCGGUACAAAUGAAUUACAUACCCCGCAACUUUGAACCGUUUAAAGAAGAAUUAGCUGGCGUGCGUCUAUUCAAGUUGCAGUUACUUAAUACCCUGCUAUCUUCAUUUCUUGUAUUAGUUCAUUAUAUGUAAACGACAAAGGCUAAAACAUUAACCACCCUAUAAAUAUUACGAUAGCUGUUGAGUGUAGUAAUCCUGGCAAACCAACAAACGGAAAGCAGAUUGUCAGGAAGGGCUACGUCUAUGGUGGAUCAGUCAAGUUUUUUUGUGACAAGAAUUACACUCUAGUGGGGACUGAUGUUAUAUAUUGUCAAGCUAAUAGGAGUUGGAGUUCCUCUCGUCCACGCUGCGUAGGUACGUGACAUGCGUAAGAGAAAAUUAAAGACAUUUACCCUCAUUAGUUUUUGCCUUAAAGUAUGAAUAACUGUAUGAUUAAAUGGUCAUAGAAACAUAAUGUAUGAAAAUUUUAGGAGUAAAAAAUUAAAGUCUUUUACAUAUACGUAUUAAUACUAGUUGUUCGAACAAUUUAACUUAGUGUGCUGAAACCAAAUAAUUUACUACGAAAUUUGGUCUUAGAGAAAAAAAACAUUCGUUUGCCCUUGUUUUUCUGUUAUUAAGAUUUUUCUUUCUGUUUAAAUUAAAGCUAACUGUCGAUCCCCUGGUGAUAUAAAUCACGGCCUUAAAAUUGGUGAUAACUACCAGCACGGAAAGACAGUUCGAUACUCUUGUAACGCUGGGUUCACACUUGAAGGCGAGGCUGAAGUGACUUGUGAAGAGGGAACAUGGAAUGCUGAUACCCCCAAGUGCAAAGGUACAUUCGUAAGCGUGCAUGAAUGCGGGUGUAUUUAGAGAUAUAUAGCUUGUAGCCAGGGACAAGGAUCCGCAUUGGGGGAAAAAGGAAAAAAAUCGGCGUGGGCGAUUAAAAGAAUCGGCGAGCGAAGCGAGCCCAGAGGUAGUCUAGGGAGGGAAAAGGGUGGCGGACUGAAGACAUGCCUUUGAUGCCGCCGAUCCGCCCUCCAGCAAUUAACUUGUCAUUGAAAUUUCAACACUUCAGCACGUCAGCUUAUUAUGUUGCUUUUGUAAAAAAUAUUUGAAUUCGAGAUGAAGCCGUAAGAGUGCAAGCAAAGAGAUCUACUUAACUUCAAUCGCCAACUAGAGUACCACCAGCUCCGGCCAAGAGAAAUAAAGACGUUUCAGAGGAAAAUGCACCGUGUUCGGCCGGUGAAGAACAGCCGAAUAGAUUCUCAAGGACAUCCCUCACAGUUUGCAUCAUAAUGCUCGUUUACGUAGCUUCUUACAAUGUGCCAAAUGAAAUAUUGCGGUUGGUAGAAUUAUUUUUUCUGCAUAUGAGAAAUGUGUAAGUUUACUCACCUUAUGCGACGGGGACCUGAGUUUUUGAAAAGUCUCGGUAGUGACCUAUCCAGGAAAUCUGAGUGUUUUGUUUAGGUAUUUAACUUGAGGAUGGAGGUUAUAACAGUUUUAAAAGAGGUGCAAAGAAAGCUAUCAGAUAAAGAAACAAAUGAUAGACUGGUUAGUUUUGAGACUCAGGUUUUAAUUCAAGAAAAUGGCUUUAGGCUGGAAAGUUUGCAGGUACUUUUAAGAAACGUGCAACACAUCCUAUCAUACAUGCGGAAGGUACGUGCGACCACGCGAGCUGUUCGCGGUCUUCUUGUUUUCCAAAAUAGAAGGUUCUAUUGAUUUUGCACCUUAAUGUUGUUGUUUAGUUGUUUUUUUGCGAAUUUUAAUAUUAUGUAACGAAUUUUUUGAGUGGCUGCAAAAUAAAUAAGCCCCAAAAUUUUAACCGUCAAACGAAGAAUAAACUCGAGUGCAUCUACUCGAGUUGUACUCAAGGUUUUACCUAGUAUCCUGUGACCUUCAUUUCCCAUACUUGUUUAUUAGUAAAGGACAAAGAUUAAACAUUUAGUUCCCAAUUAUUAUAGCUGUUGAGUGUGAUGAUCCUGGCCAACCCACCAAUGGAAAGCAGAUUGUCAAGAAAGGCUACGUCUAUGGUGGAUCAGUCAAGUUUGUUUGUGACAAGAAUUACACUCUAGUGGGGACUGAUGUUAUAUAUUGUCAAGCUAAUAGGAGUUGGAGUUCCGUUGUUCCACUUUGCUUUGGUAAGUGCCAUGGGUAAGAGAAAAUAAAAGACAUUAGUCCGGCUAACUAAUUUUUUGAAAGAGUUCUUAAUAGUAAAAAACGACAGUUCAAUUUUUGGUCGUUAAAAAAUGAUCUAUACAUAAAUUAUCAGUAGCAAUAUUGUAGCUUUUAAACAAGAAAAGUUCGUAACAAAAGACGAGAAAGGUUCGUCGUGUUGUAUGAAAAAGUUAACUUAUCGUCACACGCGGAAUAAACAAAAGUUUAACCCUAAUCUGACCAUGCUUUUUCCCUUUUCUGGCUUCCUAAGACAGGGGAUGUAAAUGUAAAAGUAAAAAAAAACUGCUGAUAAUUAAUACUGUUGAACACUGUUAAAAUUUGAAUCGAAGAUCUCCCAUUAAGUCAUUUUAUAUUCAGUUUUUUUUUACCGAUACGGCGGCCAUAUUGAAUUAAUUAGAUUGAAGGAGUGUUAUGGGAUGCCGAGGGGGAUGAGCACCAUCCGAUACACUCUCUGAGUAUCUAAGCGAGCUUUUCGGGGCAAUUGUUCUUAAAGUUUUCCAAGAAUAAGAUUUUAAUGGGAAAAAAGAACUUUGUACCGUGUUUGGAUGUAAUAAUGAUCGCCUUGUACGUGAGAAAAAGUACAGUAAAAGACCAUACCAGUUUCUUUGGAGUGUCCACAAUUUUAAUUGCUUCUUUUUUCUUUUGCUGUUUAGAACCGAAAAGCGAGCGUAAAUACCGAACGAGUAUGUCGGGUCAAGCUCAUGCCCCCUGGGCAUCCCAUAAUACUCUUUAAAACUAAUUAAUUCAAUAUGGCCGCCGUAUCGGUGAAAAGGUCUAUUGGCCAUUUGCACAUCUCCCUUAAUACACCUCGUUUGCCCCCAAAGUUUUGCAUAAACUUCUUUUCAAUUUCUCCUGGGUAUUGCAGUUUUCCCAGGAGAGACUGAAGACGAUGAUUUUGCAAUAUUAUUGGGGCAAACAAGGUGCAUUAUGGGAGAAGUGCAAAUUUGGUCACCAGUAGACCUUGACUGAAUUAACAGUUGUAACAAACAUUUAAAUAAUUCUAAAUUGAGUGUGAUAGAAUAUUUCAGCAAGAAAUAAACCGUUUUUUUUUAUAGAAAAAGACUAAUUUCGUAAAACAAGGCUGUUAAACUUGGGUUGCCAUGGCAACGUUAAAGUUGACGUACAGGGCCCAGUUGCUCGAAGCAUGGUUAGCGUUAACCAGCGUUUAAUACCUUGACAACGUAUUGGUUUUGAUACUGCUUAACCAAUGGUUAAAGCUAACCAUCCUUUGAGCAACUCAGCCCAGGUCGCCAUGUUUGUAAAAUGUUCUUAGAUUAUUUUUUAGGACUAUUUGCUAAGUUUGAUUCUAUAGUUUGAACGAUUUUGAAGAUAUUCAAAGAUAUUACUUGGUCUCAAUAAAAUAAAAUCCAAAUCAAUAUAACUCAGUGAGUUAGUUUAUGUAUUUUAAAGAACUAAAGAAAUAAGGAGCAAUUUGUUUUGUUCCCUUACUUUUUUCUGUAGCUAAGCUUGAUUUUUUUUCUUUCUGAUUAAGCUAACUGUCGCUCACCUGGUGUUUUAAAUCAUGGUCUUAAAAUCGGUAAUAACUAUACACACGGAAAAACAGUUCGAUUCUCUUGUAACCUCGGGUACACAGUUGAAGGCGAAGCUGAACUUUCUUGUGUAGAUGGAAGAUGGAACACUGCCACUCCCAAGUGUAAAGGUUAGCGUUCAUUCUUGUUUUCCAUUGCCAAAAUAAAAGCUUGUGUUGAUUUUGGAGGUAAAGCGGGUUGUUUUAUUUGCAACUUUUGAAAUUGCGUGCCAGCUUUCUGUAAUGGUUGCAAAGUGAAUUACAUACCCGGCAACUUUGAACCGUUUAAAGAAGAAUUAGCUCUUGUGCGUCUAUUCAAGUUGCAGUUACUUAAUACCCUGCUAUCUUCAUUUGUUGUAUUAGUUCAUUAUAUAUAAACGACAAAGGCUAAAAAAUUAACCACCCUGUUUAUAUUUGUAUAGCUGUUGAGUGUGGUGAUCCUGGCAAACCAGCAAACGGAAAGCAGAUUGUCAAGAAAGGCUACGUCUAUGGUGGAUCAGUCAAGUUUGUUUGUGACAAGAAUUACACUCUAGUGGGGACUGAUGUUAUAUAUUGUCAAGCUAACAGGAGUUGGAGUUCCUCUGUUCCACGUUGCUUAGGUAAGUGCCAUGGGUAAGAGAAAAUAAAAGACAUUAGUCCCGCUAACUAUUUUUUGUCAAACAGUUUUUUAAAGGCAUCAAACACAGUUACAUUUCGUGGUCGUUAAAAAAUGAUCUAUAUGUGAAUUAGCAGUAGAAAUAUUGUAGCUUUUAAACGGCAAAAGUUCGACAAAACACGACAAAACUUAUCGUCAUGACCAUGGUUGUUUUUUCCUUUUUUGGCUUCCUACGACAGAGAAACGUGGGAGGCUCCCCUCUAUAACUUAAAACAGAUCAUAACACAUCUUCCAAAAUUACAUCUAAUAAAGUACUAAUCAAUUUCAACAUAAUAGGGGAACUAAGGCGAUUUGACGUACUUUUGACGUAACAUUGUUAAUUAUGAGUUAUAAGCAUAUUCCUUUGCCAAGGAAUAUCCAUGAAGCGGAAAAUGCUAAAAUAGUAAAAUGUUUAAAAAACUUAUGAAGCUGGCUAACACACGGAUAAUCUUUAACAAUAGCAGUGGCGUCAUGAUGACUUUGUUUAUUAUUAGAGAACGUGCUGGAACAACGCCAUAUUAAAUCUGCCAUUUUGAAUUAACUUUGUUCAAAAGCGGGUGAUGCUCGAUAUACCAAGUCAAUAUAUACGCUAUUGUGUCGUUCUAUUGUGUGGUGUUUAUUGUGUUAUUGUUUACAAGCUAGGGAUCAUUGUUGUGUUCUUUGUGACGUAACUCUAGAUUGCUAUUGACUUGAUAUAUAGUGCACCAGCUCAAUUAAAAACCCGUGUAAAUAGAGAAAACCGUGAUAUUAAAUUCGACCUGUGUAUCAAAGUAUGCUUAAAUAGUAAAAGAUAAAAUAAAAUAAAAGUAAAAAUACCGAUGUAAAUGUAAAAUUUAAAGUAAAUAAUAAUAAAAAACUGCUAGUAAUUAACUGUGUUGAACACUGUUAAAAUUUAAAUCCAACUUCUACCAUUAAGUCAUUUUAUAUUCAAGUCUUUGAAUUGGCCAUUUUUUGCACAUCUACCAUAAGACACCUCGUUUGCCCCCUAAAGAUUUCCAUAACCUUCGUGUGUGAUUUCUCCAGGGUAUUGCAGUUUUCCAGGAAACGAAGACAAUGUGGGCAAACAAGGUGCAUUAUGGCAGAUGUGCAAAUGGCGAAUUUAGUCAUCAAAAAGCCUGGAUUAAAUUAACAGUUAUACUAAAUGUACAAAAUAAUUGUACAUUUAUUGGGAUACAAUAUUCAAUAAGUAAACUUUGAAAUGAAUUGAUCCAAUCAUUUUAUAUAGUAAAAAAAGCAAGUAUUGUAAAAUAAGGCUGUUAAAACCUCGGUUACCAUGGUAACGUCAAAAUUGACGUACAGGUCGCGAUAAUUUUAAAAUGUUAUUUGAUCAUUUUAAGAAAAAUUUCCUAAAUUUGUUGUCAUACACGUAGUUUGAAUUAUUUUAAAGAUAUUUGGGUCCUUUAAAUUAGUUUCUUAUCAACUAAAGACAUAACGGGCAAUUUAUUUCAUUCCCUUCCUUUUUUUCGUUUUUGAUUAAGCUAACUGUCGCUCACCUGGUGAUUUACAUCAUGGUCUUAAAGUCGGUAAUAACUACACGCACGGAAAAACAGUUCGAUACUCUUGUAACCUUGGGUACACACUUGAAGGCGAGGCUGAGCUGACUUGUGUAGAUGGAAGAUGGAACACUGCCACUCCCAAGUGUAAAGGUAAGCGUUCAUUCUUGUUUUCCAUUUCCAAAAUAAAAGCUUUCGUUGAUUUUGGAAGUUAACGUUAUUUUAUUUGCAACUUUUCAAAUGACGUGGAGAAUUCUGGGAAUGAUUGGAAAAUGAAUUAUAUAGCCCGCAACUUUGAACUGGUAAAAGAAGAAUUAACUCGUGAGCGUCUAUUCAAGUUGCAGGCUAAAGCUUUACUUGAUACCCUGCAAUCUUCAUUUCUUGAAUUGGUUUAUUAUAUGUAAACGACAAAGGCUACAAAAUUAACCACCCUGUAAUUAUUGCGAUAGCUGUUGAGUGUGGUAAUCCUGGCAAACCAACAAACGGAAAGCAGAUUGUCAGGAAGGGCUACGUCUAUGGUGGAUCAGUCAAGUUUGUUUGUGACAAGAAUUACACUCUAGUGGGGACCAAUGUCAUAUAUUGUCAAGCUAAUAGGAGUUGGAGUUCCUCUCUUCCACGCUGCGUAGGUACGUGCCAUGCGUAAGAGAAAAUUAAAGACAUUUACCCUCAUUAGUUUUUGCCUUAAAGUAUAAAUAGCAGUAACAUUAGAUGGUCGUAGAAAUGUAAUUUAUGAAAAUUAGCGGUAGAAAAUUGUAGCUUUUUAGAAAUACGUAUUAAUACUAGUUGUUCGAACAAUUUAACUUAGUGUGCUAAAUAAUACUAAGAGAAACGCAAGUUAACGAAACCAAUGAAUUUACUAUAUAUAUGAAAUUUGGUGUCAAAGAACAAAUCAUUCGUUUACCCUAGUUUUUCUGUUAUUAAGAGUUUUCUUUCUGUUCAAAUUCAAGCUAACUGUCGAUCCCCUGGUGAUAUAAGUCACGGCCUUAAAAUUGGUAAUAACUACAAGCACGGAAAGACAGUUCGAUACUCUUGUAACGCUGGGUUUACACUUGAAGGCGAGGCUGAAGUGACUUGUGAAGAGGGAACAUGGAAUACUGAUACCCCCACGUGCAAAGGUACAUUCUUAAGCUUGCAUGAAUUUGUAUUUAGAGAAAUAUACCUGGUUGCCUGUGACUAGGAUCCGCAUUGGGGGAAAAAGAAAUAAAAAUCGGCGUGGGCGAAAAAAAAAAUCGGCGGGCGAAGCGAGCCGAGAGGUAGCCUGGAAAGGGAAAAGGGUGGCGGAGCCUGGAGACAGGCCUUUGAUGACGCCGAUUCGCCCUCCAGCAAUUAACAUGUCAUUGAAAUUUCAACACUUCAGCACGUCGUCUUAUUAUGUCGCUUUUGUAAAAAAAAUAUGUGAAUUCGAGAUGAAGCCGUAAGAGUGUAAGCAAAGAGAUCUACUUAACUUCAAUCGCCAACUCGAGUACCACCAGCUCCGGCCAAGAGAAAUAAAGACGUUUCAGAGGAAAAUGCACCGCGUUCGGCCGGUGAAGAACAGCCGAAUAGAUUCUCAAGGAGAUCCCUCACAGUUCGCAUCAUAAUGUUCGUUUACAUAGCUUCUUAUGAUGUACCAAAUGAAAUAUUGCUAUUGGUGGAUUUCUUUUUUCCGCAGAGGAAAAAUGUGUAAAUUUACUCACCUUAUGCGACGGGGACCUGAGUUUUUGAAAAGUCUCGGUAGUGACCUAUCUAGGAAAUCUGAGUGUUUUGUUUAGGUAUUUAACUUGAAGAUCGAGGUUAUAAUACUUUUAAAAGAGGUACAAAGAAAGCUAUCAGUUAAAGAAACAAAUAAUAGACUGGUUAGUUUUGAGACUCAGGUUUUGAUUCAAGAAAAUGGCUUUAGGCUGGAGAAUUUGCAGGGACUUUUAGGAAACGCUCAACACAUCCUUUCAUACAUGGGGAAGGUACGUGCGACCACGCGAGCUAGUUCGCGGUCUUCUUGUUUUCCAAAAUAGAAGGUUGUAUUGAUUUUGCAGCUUAAUGUUGUUGUUGUUGUUGUUUUUUUUUUUUUGCAGAUUUUAAUAUUAUGUAACAAAUUUUUGAAAUUGCUGCAAAAUAAAUAAGCUUAAAUAAGUUUUAACCGUCAAAUGAAGAAUUAACUCGAGUGCAUCUACUCGAGUUGUACUCAAAGUUUUAGCUAGAAUGCGGUGAACUUCAUUUCCCAUACUUGUUUAAGUGUAAAGGUCAAAGAUUAAAAAUUUAGAUCCCUUGCAACUAUUAUAGCUGUUGAGUGUGGUGAUCCUGGCAAACCCACCAAUGGAAGGCAGAUUGUCAAGAAAGGCUACGUCUAUGGUGGAUCAGUCAAGUUUGUCUGUGACAAGAAUUACACACUCGUGGGGACUGAUGUUAUACAUUGUCAAGCUAAUAGGAGUUGGAGUUCCUUUGUUCCACGUUGCUUAGGUACGUGCCAUGGGUAAGAGAAAAUAAAAGACAUUAGUCCGGCUAACUAAUUUUUUGAAAGAGUUCUUAAGAGUAAAAAACGACAGUUCAAUUUUUGGUCGUUAAAAAAUGAUCUAUACAUAAAUUAUCAGUAGCAAUAUUGUAGGUUUUAAACAAGAAAAGUUCGUAACAAAAGACGAGAAAGGUUCGACGCGUUGUGUGAAAAAGUUAACUUAUCGUCACACGGAAUAAACAAACGUUUAACCCUAAUUUGACCAUGGUUUUCCCUGUUCUGGCUUCCUAAGACAGGGCAUGUAAAUGUAAAAGUAAAAAAAAAAAUGCUGAUAAUUAAUACUGUUGAACACUGUUAAAAUUUGAAUCCAACAUCUCCCAUUAAGUCAUUUUAUAUUCAGUUUUUUUUUUACCGAUUCGGCGGCCGUAUUGAAUUUAUUAGAGUUAAGGAGUGUUAUGGGAUGCCGAGGGGGCAUGAGCACUAUCCGAUACACUCACUGAGUAUCUAGGCGAGCUUUCCGGGCAAUUGUUCUUAAAGUUUUCCAAGAAUAAGAUUUUAAUGGGAAAAAAGAACUUUGUACCGUGUUUGGAUGUAAUAAUGAUCGCCUUUUACGUGAGAAAAAAUAUAGUGAAAGACCAUUCUAGUUUCUUCGGAGUGUCCACAAUUUUAAUUGCUUCUUUUUUCUUUUGCUGUUUAGAACCGAAAAGCGAGCGUAAAUACCGAACGAGUAUAUCGGAUCAAGCUCAUGCCCCCUGGGCAUCCCAUAAUACUCUUUAAAAGUAAUUAAUUCGGUAUGGCCGCCGUAUCGGUAAAAAGGUCUAUUGGCCAUUUGCACAUCUCCCAUAAUACACCUUGUUUGCCCCCAAAGUUUUGCAUAAACUUCUUUUCAAUUUCUCCUGGGUAUUGCAGUUUUCCCAGGAGAGACUGAAGACGAUGCUUAUGCAAUAUUUUGGGGGCAAAUAAGGUGCAUUAUGGGAGAAGUGUAAAUUUGGUCACCAAUAGACCUUGACUGAAUUAACAGUCAUGACAAAUAUUUAAAUAAUUCUAAAUUGAGUUGAUACAAUAUUUCAGCAAGAAAACCUCGAAAUAAAUCGGUUUUUGUUUAUAGAAAAAGACGAAUUUCGUAAAACAAGGCUGUUAAACUUGGGUUGCCAUGGUAACGUUAAAGAUGACGUACAGGUCGCCAUGUUUUUAAAAUGUUCUUAGAUUAUUCUGUAGGACUAUUUGUAAAGUUGGAUUUUAUAGUUUGAACGAUUUUGAAGACAUUCAAAGAUAUUACUUGGUCUCAAUAAAAUAAAGUCCAAAUCAAAACUAAGUGAGUUAGUCUCUAUAAAGAACUAAAGAAAUAACUAGCAAUUUGUUUUGUUCCCUUACUUUUUUUUGUAGCUAAGCCUGGUUUUUUCUUUUUGAUUAAGCCAACUGUCGCUCACCUGGUGUUUUAAAUCAUGGUCUUAAAAUCGGUAAUAACUAUACACACGGAAAAACAGUUCGAUACUCUUGUAACCUUGGGUACACACUUGAAGGCGAAGCUGAACUGUCUUGUGUAGAUGGAAAAUGGAACACUGCCACUCCCAAGUGUAAAGGUUAGCGUUCAUUGUUGUUUUUUUAAAAAAAGCUUGUGUUGAUUUUGGCGGUAAGGCGGGUUGUUUUAUUUGCAACUUUUUAAAUUGCGUGACAGAUUUCGCUAAUGGUUGCAAAGUGAAUUACAUAUAUACCCUGCAACUUUGAACCGUUUAAAGAAGAAUUAGCUCUUGUGCGUGAUCUAUUCAAGUUGCAGUUUCUUAAUACCCUGCUAUCUUCAUUUGUUGUAUUAGUUCGUUAUAUGUAAACGACAAAGGCUGUUUAUAUUUGUAUAGCUGUUGAGUGUGGUGAUCCUGGUAAACCAGCAAACGGAAAGCAGAUUGUCAAGAACGGCUUCGUCUAUGGUGGAUCAGUCAAGUUUGUAUGUGACAAGAAUUAUACUCUAGUGGGGGCUGAUAUUAUAUAUUGUCAAGCUAAUAGGAGCUGGAGUUCCUCUGUUCCACGUUGCUUAGGUAAGUGCCAUGGGUAAGAGAAAAUAAAAGACAUUAGACCCGCGAACUAUUUUUUUUCAAACAAUUUUUUAAAGGCAUAAAACACAGCUACAUUUCGUGGUCGUUAAAACUGAUCUAUAUAUAAAUUAGCAGUAGAAAUAUUGUAGCUUUUAAAUGGCAAAAGUUCGACAAAACACGACAAAACUUAUCGUCAUGACCAUGGUUGUUUUUUCCUUUUCUGGCUUCCAACGAUAGAGAAACGUGGGAGGCUACCCUCCAUAACUUAAAACAGAUCAUAACACAUCUACCAAAAUUACAUCUAAUAAAGUACUAAUCAAUUUCAACAUAAUAGGGAGAACUAAGGCGAUUUGACGUACUUUUGACGUAACAUUUGUUAAUUAUGAGUUAUAAGCAGAAUCCAGAUUUUAUCAUUUUUUUUGCCUAGGAAGAGCAAUGAAGGCGAAAAUGCUAAAAUAGUGAAACGUUUAAAAAACUUAUGAAGUUGGCUAACACACGGAUAAUCUUUAACAAUGGCAGUGGCGUCAUGAAGACUUUGUUUAUUAUUAGAGAACGUACUGGAACAACGCCAUAUUAAAUCUGCCAUUUUGAAUUAAUUUUGUUUAAAAGCGGGUGAUGCUCGAUAUGUAUGCACUAUUGUGUCGUUCUAUUGUAAGGAGUUAAUUUUGUUAUUGUUUACGGGUUAGGAAUGCUUGUUGUCUUCUUUGUGGCUUAACUCUAGAUUGCUAUUCACUUGAUAUAUAGUCCCCCAGCUCAAUUAAAAACCGGUGUAAAUCGAGGAAACCGUGAUAUUUAAUACAACCUGUAUAUUAAAGUAUGUUUAAAAAGCAAAAAAUUGAAUAAAACAAAAGUAAAAAUACCGAAGUGUAAAAUUCAAAUUAAAUAAUAAUGAAAAAACUGCUAGUAAUUAACUGUGUUGAACACUGUUAAAAUUUGAGUCCAACUUCUACCAUUAAGCCAUUUUAUUUUCAAGUGUUUGAAUUGGCGAUUUGCACAUCUGCCAUAAGACACCUCGUUUGCCCCCUAAAGUUUUCCAUAACCUUUGUGCGUGAUUUCUUCUGGGUAUUGCAGUUUUUCCAGCAAAGGAAGACAAUGCUUAUGCAAAUUUUUGAGGGCAAACAAGGUGGAUUAUGGCAGAUGUGCAAAUGGCGAAUUUAGUCAUCAAAAAGCCUGGAUUAAAUUAGAAGUUAUAAUGAAUAUAUAAAAUAAUUCUAAAUUUAUUAAGAUACAAUAUUCAAUAAAUAAACCUUGAAAUAAAUUGAUCCAAUUAUUUUAUAUAGUAAAAAAGGCAAAUAUUGUAAAAUAAGGCUGUUAAAACCUCGGUUACCAUGGUAACGUCAAAAUUGACGUACAGGUCGCGAUAAUUUUAAAAUGUUAUUUGAUCAUUUUAAGAAACACUUAUUAAAUUUGUUGUUAUACGCGUAGUUUGAAUUAUUUUGAAGAUAUUUGGGUCCUUCAACGCCGCUGAAUCAGGUAAAAGCAAAAUCGAAAGAAUUCUGUCAAUUAGUUUCUUAAGAAGUAAAGACAUAAAGAGCGAUUUAUUUUAUUCCCUUCCUUUUUUCCAUUACUAAGCUUGAUUUUUUUCGUUUUUGAUUAAGCUAACUGUCGCUCACCUGGUGAUUUACAUCAUGGUCUUAAAAUCGUUAAUAACUUCACGCACGGAAAAACAGUUUGAUACUCUUGUAACCUUGAUAUAUUCACUUGAUAUAUAGUGCACCAGCUCAAUUAAUAACCCGUGUGAAUCGAGGAAACCGUGAUAUUAAAUACCACUUGUGCAUUAAAGUAUGUUUAAAAAGCAAAAGAUAAAAUAAAAUGAAAGUAAAAAUACCGAUGUAUACUGUAAAAUUAAAAGGAAAGAAAAAGAAGAAACAAAUGCUAGUAAUUAACUGUGUUGAACACUGUUGAAAUUUGAAUCCAACUUCUACCAUUAAGCCAUUUUAUAUUCAAGUUUUUGAAUUGGCGAUUUGCACAUCUGCCAUAAGACACCUCGUUUGCCCCCUAAAGUUUUCCGUAACCUUUGUUUGUGAUCUCUCCUGGGUAUUGCAGUCUUUCCAGGAAACGAAGACAAUGCUUACGCAAAUUUUUGAGGGCAAACAAGGUGCAUUAUGACAGAUGUGCAAAUGGCGAAAUUAGUCAUCAAAAAUCCUGGAUUAAAUUAACAUUUAUAAUAAAUAUAUAAAAUAAUUCUAAAUUUAUUAGGAUAGUAUAUUCAAUAAACAUACCUUGAAUUAUAUUGAUCCAAUUAUUUUUUACAGUAAAAAAGGCAAAUAUUGUAAAAUAACGCUGUUAAAACCUCAGUUACCAUGGUAACGUCAAAAUUGACGCACAGGUCGCGAUAAUUUUUAAAUGUUAUUUGAUCGUUUUAAGAAAAAAUUGCUAAAUUUGUUGCCAUACACGUAGUUUGAAAUAGUUUGAAAAUAUUAUUUGGGUCCUUCAACGCCCCUGAAUCAGGUAAAGGCAAAAUCGAAAGAAUUCAGUUAAUUAGUUUCUUAUCAACUAAAGACAUUACGGGCAAUUUAUUUUAUUCCCUUCCUUUUUUUCUGUUGCUAAGCUUGAUUUUUUUCGUUUUUGAUUAAGCUAACUGUCGCUCACCUGGUGAUUUACAUCAUGGUCUUAAAAUCGUUAAUAACUUCACGCACGGAAAAACAGUUUGAUACUCUUGUAACCUUGAUAUAUUCACUUGAUAUAUAGUGCACCAGCUCAAUUAAUAACCCGUGUGAAUCGAGGAAACCGUGAUAUUAAAUACCACUUGUGCAUUAAAGUAUGUUUAAAAAGCAAAAGAUAAAAUAAAAUGAAAGUAAAAAUACCGAUGUAUACUGUAAAAUUAAAAGGAAAGAAAAAGAAGAAACAAAUGCUAGUAAUUAACUGUGUUGAACACUGUUGAAAUUUGAAUCCAACUUCUACCAUUAAGCCAUUUUAUAUUCAAGUUUUUGAAUUGGCGAUUUGCACAUGUGCCAUAAGACACCUCGUUUGCCCCCUAAAGUUUUCCGUAACCUUUGUUUGUGAUCUCUCCUGGGUAUUGCAGUCUUUCCAGGAAACGAAGACAAUGCUUACGCAAAUUUUUGAGGGCAAACAAGGUGCAUUAUGACAGAUGUGCAAAUGGCGAAAUUAGUCAUCAAAAAUCCUGGAUUAAAUUAACAGUUAUAAUAAAUAUAUAAAAUAAUUCUAAAUUUAUUAGGAUAGUAUAUUCAAUAAACAUACCUUGAAUUAUAUUGAUCCAAUUAUUUUGUACAGUAAAAAAGGCAAAUAUUGUAAAAUAACGCUGUUAAAACCUCAGUUACCAUGGUAACGUCAAAAUUGACGCACAGGUCGCGAUAAUUUUUAAAUGUUAUUUGAUCGUUUUAAGAAAAAAUUGCUAAAUUUGUUGCCAUACACGUAGUUUGAAAUAGUUUGAAAAUAUUAUUUGGGUCCUUCAACGCCCCUGAAUCAGGUAAAGGCAAAAUCGAAAGAAUUCAGUUAAUUAGUUUCUUAUCAACUAAAGACAUUACGGGCAAUUUAUUUUAUUCCCUUCCUUUUUUUCUGUUGCUAAGCUUGAAUUUUUUCGUUUUUGAUUAAGCUAACUGUCGCUCACCUGGUGAUUUACAUCAUGGUCUUAAAAUUGGUAAUAACUACACGCACGGAAAAACAGUUCGAUACUCUUGUAACCUUGGGUACACACUUGAAGGCAAGGCUGAACUGACUUGUGUAGAUGGAAGAUGGAACACUGCCACUCCCAAGUGUAGAGGUAAGCGUUCAUUCUUGUUUUCCAUUUCCAAAAUAAAAGCUUUCGUUGAUUUUCGAAGUUAAGGUUAUUUUAUUUGCAACUUUUCAAAUGACGUGGCAAAUUUUAGUAAUGGCUGCAAAAUGAAUUAUACAGCUCGCAACUGUGAACUGGUAAAAGAAGAAUUAACUCGUGAGCGUCUACUCAAGUUGCAGGCUUAAGCUUUACUUGAUACCCUGCAAUCUUCAUUUCUUGUAAUGGUUUAUUAUAUGUAAACGAAAAAGGCUAAAAAAUUAACCACCCUGUAAUUAUUGCGAUAGCUGUUGAGUGUGGUAAUCCUGGCAAACCAACUAACGGAAAGCAGAUUGUCAGGAAGGGCUACGUCUAUGGUGGAUCAGUCAAGUUUGUUUGUGACAAGAAUUACACUCUAGUGGGGACUGAUGUUAUAUAUUAGCGAGCUUAAGCAAAGAGGUUUUUGAGCGACGCACGUCAACCGGAAGUGAGGCCUUUUCCCUUUUUAUACGCCUGGACACUACCAAAUUUGUAUUGCUGAGUUUCUUUUCUCCCAUAAAGACGAUUUACCUGAGGGUUUCAACCAAACCACAGCCCAACGCUGCAAAAAGUCCACUUCCGGUUGACGUCCGUCGCUCAAAAACGCUGUUGCUUAAGCUCCCUAUUGUCAAGCUAACAGGAGUUGGAGUUCCUCUGUUCGACGCUGCGUAGGUACGUGACGUGCGUAAGAGAAAACUAAAGACAUUUACCCUUACUAGUUAAAAAAAAAAGAAGAAAAAAAAAAGACAUUUACUCUCAUUAGUUUUUGCCUUAAAGUAUAAAUGACAGUGAGAGUAAGUGGUCGUAGAAACAUAAUUGAUGAAAAUUAGCGCCAGAAAAUUGUAGCUUUCUCACAAAUACGUAUUAAUACUAGUUGUUCGAAGAAUCUAACUUAAUGUGCUGAAUAAGACUAAGAGAAACGCACGUUAACGUAGCCAAUUAAUUUACUAUGAAAUUUGUUCUUAAAGAACAAAUCAUUCGUUUACCCUGGCUAUUUUUUCUGUUAUUAAGAUUUUUCUUUCUGUUCAAAUUAAAGCUAGCUGUCGAUCCCCUGGUGAUAUAAGUCACGGCCUUAAAAUCGGUAAUAACUACAAACACGGACAGACAGUUCGAUACUCUUGUAACGCUGGGUUCACACUUGAAGGCGAGGCUAAAGUGACUUGUGAAGAGGGAACAUGGAAUACUGAUAUCCCCAAGUGCAAAGGUACAUUCGUAAGCGUGUAUGAAUUUGUAUUUAGAGAUAUAUAGCUUGUAGCCUGGGACUAGGAUCCGCAUUGGGGGUAAAAGAAAAAGAAAUGGGCGUGGGCGGAAAAAAAUCGGCGAGCGAAGCUAGCCGAGAGGUAGUCUGGGGAGGGAAAAGGGUGGCGGAGCCUGGAGACAUGCCUUUGAUGCCGCCGAUGCGCCCUCCAGGAAUUAACAUGUCAUUGAAAUUUCAACACUUCAGCACGUCGUCUUAUUAUGUCGCUUUUGUAAAAAAAUAUUUGAAUUCGAGAUAAAGCCGUAAGAGUGGAAGCAAAGAGAUCUACUUAACUUCAAUCGCCAACUCGAGUACCACCAGCUCCGGCCAAGAGAAAUGUAGACGUUUCAGAGGAAAAUGCACCGUGUUCGGCCGGUGAAAAACAGCUGAAUAGAUUCUCAAGGAGAUCCCUCACAGUUCGCAUCAUAAUGCUUGUUUACAUAGCUUCUUAUGAUGUACCAAAUGAAAUAUUGCUAUUAGCAUUUUUUUUUCCGCGGAGGAAACAUUUUAUCACCUUAUGCGACAUGGACCUGAGUUUUUAGAAAGUCUUGGUAGUGACCUAUCCAGCAAAUCUGAGUGUUUUGUUUAGGUAUUUAACUUGAAGAUCGAGGUUAUAAUACUUUUAAAAGACGGGCAAAAAAAGCUAUCAGAUAAAGAAAUAAAUAAUAGACUGUGUAGUCUGGGGACUCAGGUUUUAAUUUAAAAAAAUGGCUUUAGGCUGGAAAAUUUGCAGGGAAUCUUAAGAAACGCGCAGCACAUCCUAUCAUGCUUGGGGAAGGUACGUGCGACCUCGCGGUCUGUUCGCGGUCUUAUUGUUUUCCAAAAUGAUAUAUAGAUUUAGUCAGGGCUAAAAGCGAAGCUCCAAUUAAUAAAUUUAUAAUUCAAAUCAUACAAUAAACUUGUAAUCGACAAAUCAGUUAACUUAAGGUGACUAGACCCAGUUUUUUUGCAGGUGUACCAUCCUACUUUGAAGCUCUCUGGUAUCCUCACCUUUACUUUUAUCGUAAGUCUAACACAUAGAAUGGAUAACGAUCGGAGUAAAUGGAUAGCGAUCGGAGUAAAUGUCACGUGGUUAUAAUGCCACGCCCCUUUGAGGUCUUAGUCGAAAAUCUGCUGUUGCCGUUAUUUUUUCGUGAAAAUCUCUCGGCUACACAUAAUGCGCGUUAGUGUCUUGCGCUGAACAGAGUUUCACCAAAAUCGCAAAGACCCAAUUCGAGAAAUUCAGCGGUUUCCAAAUUUAGGUCAUAAUUUAUGCGAAAAUGAUAAGCAAACUUUACACGAUUAUAUCUAAUAAACUAUGAGAUUCAUCCCUUUAUUUUGGGCAUCGUUAUAACACAUGGAUUCUUGCAAGUCAGCAAAACGCCUUGUAAAUGCGCGCGAUUUCGAGCAAAGCAAACAUAUAGAAAUGAUAGUUUUCGCUAUUUGUUGACGUUUGUCGGCGUUUAAGAGUCCUUCUCACGAAAAAAGCAUUUUCUUAAAAAUUCGUAGUUUUUUUCUUUCAAAUUUUUUCAGGGCCACAAUUGAUUAACUAACUACCCGGACUCUGAAUUUCAUGGUCAUUGAAAAACUGUGACAUUAUCUUCUAUAAGCCCAAACUUGAGUAAACAUUGAAGAUUUUUAGCGUUUUGGAUGAGUUUGCGCUUUGGGAGUUGUAAUAAUAGUAAUAAUAAUAAUAACAAUAAUAAUAAUAACAAUACUUAUAUAGCGCCGAUAUCAAUAUUGCUACUUUCAUCAGCGCUUAAAAAUAAAAAUAUUAAAAAAAUAAAAAUAAAAUAAAAUAAUAAUAAUAAUAAUAAUAAUAAUAAUAAUAAUAAUGAUAAGUGCAUAAAGUAUACAUGCAAAAAGUGCAUGAACCUACCAAAAAGAUUAAAACAACUAUGUCAACACUAAAACUAUAAGACUACUUAACUCGUAAAAAAACUGCAUAAAACCUACCAAAAACGAGAUUAAAAAGCACAUGAAAUCACAAAAAAGCUUUCUGAAAUAAAAAUGUCUUGAGUGUCUUUUUAAAAGAUGCUACUGAGCGGCUACUCCUAAUUGAAUAGGGCAAUGAAUUCCAUAGUUGAGGAGCAGCAGCAGCAAAAGAUCCAUCUCCCAACGUUGUUAAAGUCUUGAAUUUCACAGGCAGUCCAUCACAAUCGGAGCGUAACUUGUAUUUACAUGCUUCUUUAAGACUAAUAAGUUCCUGGAGAUAAAAAGGCGCUAAGCCAUUGAUAGCCUUAUACUUUAACAAUAAUAUCGUAGAGUCAAUUCGGAAUUUAACCGGCAGCCGGUGCAGAUUAUACAGCAACAGUCUUACAUGGCAGUAUUUAGAUUCCAGGAAAAUUAACCUAGCGGCGGCAUUUUGGACCCUCUGUAGCUUAUUAAGCUGGUAAGCUGGCAGGCCAUAGAGCAAGCUGUUACAAUAGUCGACACGACUUGAGACGUACGUGAAUGAGCGUCUCAGUGGACCGCCUAGAAAGAUAUUUCCUAAUUCUUCUUAUAUUAUACAAGUAAUAAAAAGCAUUGGAACAAGUGUUAUUUACAUGAGAAUUCAUUGAAAGAGUCGAGUCUAACCAUCUCCCUAAGUUCUUAACUACCCCUUUUGGUCUAAUUACACAGUCUCCAAUUAAAAUAUGAUCAAAAUUAACUUUGACUAGUUGUUGCUUGGUACCAAUCAUUAGGAAUUCUGUUUUAUCGUCAUUGAGAAAUAGUUUAUCAUUGGUCAUCCAAUUACGUAUAUCAUCCACACAGUGGUGUAUAGCAGUGACAGCCUCAAAUUGCCCGGUGCUUAUGUUUGGACUGAAAGACACAUACAACUGCGUGUCGUCAGCGUAGCAGUGAACCGUGGGAAGGUGCACCUUGAUGACAUCAAACAAUUUGCUUGCAUAAAUCGUGAAAAGCAAUGGCCCGAGGUAAGAGCCCUUCGGUACUCCGAAGUCCAAAUUCAAACUCCGAGAUAGAUUUCCUUGGACAAUAACACGCUGAGAUCUUCCAUUAAGGUAGGAACGGAACCAUUCAAGUGCCGUUCCAGAUAUACCAAAUUUUGAGUGAAGCCGACUGAGUAAAACAUUGUGAUCCACAGUAUCAAAUGCCGCACUAAGAUCUAAUAAAACCAGUAGUGUUACAUGCUGUUUGUUCAUGUUCAACAAAAUGUCAUUUCUCACUCUCAGCAACGCUGUUUCUGUGCUAUAAUUCCUCCCAUAAGAUGACUGAUUGGCAGGGUAAAGAUUGUUCAUGCAAAUGUCACUAUGAGUUUGGUUAUAGACGGCUGACUCUGUCAGCUUCGAAACAAAUGGUAAGUUACUAACGGGACGAAAAUUCUUGAAGAGAACGUCGAGGCCAGGUUUUUUAAGUAACCGUAAGACUAAAGCUUCAUUCCAGGCGACAGGAAAUUGACCAGACUUUAAGGACAUAUUGAUUAAUCUUGUAAGUACAGGAAGUAGGACAUCACAUCGGCUGACCAAAGUUGAAGGCAUAGGGUCAAGAGCACAAGAUUUUAGAGACGAAUGCUGCAUAAGGGACUUCACAUCUUGUUCCGUUAACAUCUUAAAUUCAGUGAGGUGGACGAAAGACGACUCAAUGCUCUCUAAGUCGGGUUUAUGAUAGUUUACAGUACCAUGGCAAUCGAGGCGACUCCUAAUAUUCACUAUUUUCUGUACAAAAAACUUCCCGAUUUCCUCGGGGAAUUGAGCCCUAUCAAUAGUGGGAGGUAGACAGUCGGCAGAUCCUCUGUUUAGUAAGCGAUUACUGGCGGCAAACAGCUUCUUUUGAUCCCCGCUGUUCUCCUCAAUGAAAUUAGUGUAAAAUUCCCUACGAGCCUUGUUCAUCAGAGCAGUUGCUGCAUUCCUCUUUACCUUGAAGGCAGACAGGCCAGAGUCUAACCUAGUCCUUCUCCAUCUCUUUUCAGUCUUUCUUCUUUCACGUUUAGCCGUCUUAAUCUCCUCAUUGAACCAAGGAACACGAGGCCUCUCUUUGAUAGACCUGGUAAUCAAAGAAGCAUGUUGUCUAUUGUUUCUAGUCUGUCAUUAUACAGCAUUCUUGUUCAGCACGCGUGCAAUGACCGCGCUUGGCUGACUUCCGAAUGCUCACCGAGAUAUGAUAAUUUAGUAUGAGAAAAUAGAAGGGAUUCCCGUCACGAGUUGGUUUAAUUAUUGGCUUGCAUUAAACUUAUGAAAAAAUGACAUUUUUUUAAUAGUAAGAAGAUUUAGUGUGUGAAAGGUUUGAACCCAGGAGUCAUUUCAAAAGUAGGUUGACUUUGAUCGUCCGGGUGAACGUAGUCCUGAAUAGGACUGUUGUUGUUGACAGUGACUGACGUUUCGAAAACCUGUGCGGUAGUCAUCUUCAGAGUCAAAGUGAGUUGUAUCACGUCAGUUGAUGGUAUUAUACUCUGGUUAUUGAUCUGAUUGGUCAAUUACGUUGUGAUGUUAUUGGUCGUCGUCAGUUAAGCCGUGAUGUUAAUGGUUAUUAGUGUGUAACACUUCUUGAUUUUUUUGCAAAGGCACAAAAAGCACGACAAUUGAUUAAAAAUUGUGAGUUAAACCUCUAUGUAUCACGCGAUGACCUGUCGCACUGUACCAAAAUUAUCAUAUCUCGGUGAGCAUUCGGAAGUCAGCCAAGCGCGGUCAUUGCACUCGUGCUGAACAAGAAUGCUGUGUAAUGACAGACUAGAAACAAUAGACACCUCCCAAAGCACAAACUCAGCCAAAACGCUAAAAAUCUUCAAUGUUUACUCAAGUUUGGGCUUAUAGAAGAUAACGUCACAGUUUUUCAAUGACCAUGAAAUUCAGAGUCCGGGUAGUUAGUUAAUCAAUUGUGGCCCUGAAAAAGUUUGAAGGAAAAAAAACGACGAAUUUUGAAGAAAAUACUUUUUUCGUGAGAAGGACUCUUAAACGCUGACAAACGUCAACAAAUAGCGAAAACUAUGAUUCCUAUAUGUUUGCUUUGCUCAAAAUCGCGCGCAUUUACAACGCCCUAAAGCGUUUUGCUGACUUGCAAGAACCCAUCUGUUAUAACGAUGCCCAAAAUAAAGGGAUGAAACUCAUAGUUUAUUAGAUAUAAUCGUGUGAAGUUUGCUUAUCAUUUUCGCAUAAAUUAUGACCUAACUUUGGAAACCGCUGAAUUUCUCGAAUUGGGUCUUUGCGAUUUUGGUGAAACUCUGUUCAGCGGAAGGCAUUAAUGCGCACCAUGUUUAGGCGAGAGAUUUUCACGAAAAAAUGCCGGCAACAGCAGAUUUUCGACUCAGACCUCAAAGGGGCGUGGUAUCAUAACCACGUGACAUUUACUCCGAUCGCCAAAAAUUUUAUGUUAUAUUGUAGAUUGAUCUAUAUGUUAUCCACUCUAUGUGUUAUACUUACGAUAAGAGUAAAGGUGGGGAUACCAGAGAGCUUCAAAGUAGGAUGGUACCCCUCCAAAAAAACUGGGUCGAGUCACCUUAAGCGCACAUUAAUGACUUUUGAGGGAAAGGCUAAGUUAUUUUAGGGUGAAAGAUCUUUCAUCGAAUUGAUAGCCUUAUAUGUACACCCAAAAAAUAGCAAACAUCUUCGAUCACAUUCAAGAUCACAGUAGAUAAGGCCUCGAAAACAAAUUCUUGGAAAACAAAUCAGGCCGAAUUUUUUUGCGUUCGACAGGUCGAACAACAAAUCUGGGAGUGUGUAAACCAACCUUCUAUAACUUUUAUAGAUCACAUCUGCGGUGAAACAGUACUAUUUAUCACACAGACCUCGGACAGAAUGCGGUAUUUCACAAAUGUUCAAGACAAAAUUGCACUCAGUCAAUAUUCAGGACGAUCAAUCGUUGGCUUUAAGCGAAACCGUUCAAAACAUUUCCAAAAUCACCCAUACGGCCAGCCGGUUCUCAUUUGUAUAAGCUUAUAUCAAACCUGAUACUGGGUCACAUCAUUCACUAAAUCUUACAAACGUGUAUAAACUUGCCGCAUAAACUGUGCUCUACUUCAUGAAAUUAGAUAUAACAAAAACAAACAUCAAAUACAAUAAUUACUCAGGCUUACCAUUCGAGAUUUAGUUCCUGAAAGCUAUCAAGGAAGGCCACAGUUGCUUGAGACUUUUAAACCCUCUUAUGCAUUAAGCAGGGUAAAAAACGAAAACGAUGCCAUCCGAAAUCGAAUUACCGAAUUUGUCAAGCGAUGCAUUUCUCAACCAAAAACCCAGUAAACAAACCAGCCAUGAAUAUACAGAAGACUCUUGAUAGCAGCUGUAUUUCAUUUUGUACAUCCAGAGGAAAAAGACAGUUAAAAACAUCACAAGUUGACACAAAACUCUGUUAGCUUCACUUUCAAAGUAAACAAUUUUUAAGAUGCUGCAUGAAUUUUCCACAUGAACUCACCUGUCAAAUUUUGACCAAUCAGAGCAUAAAAAUUGGACGUAGAGCGUGACCAACGCGUGACCAUGGUAAGAAAAUGUCUUCCCCGCCUGUAGUUUUAAAAAAACUGGCAGAAUUUUUGCGUCCGAGGUCAGUUAGAAAUCACAAUCCUAAUAGUGCGGUUCCAUAGUGACAUAAACACAAUAUAUUUGAUAUGAAUCAUUGAUAAAAAUAAACUUGAGCCUGCGAUCAUUAAUAACUGGUAAUUUGUCCGUGGAUAACUUCAAAAAAAUACUGGACCUCGAUAGGUCGAGACUUAUGUAAUAACUUUAUUUAACGAGGGUAAAGACAUUAAUUACUGGUCACCCAGUAGUUUUCAUAAUGGCCCUCCUACAAUUAAAGUAGUAAAAAGUAUCGAUUAAUUAAUUAACUACCAAUAGUGAUUAAUUGACUACUAAUGAAACUAAAAGGUUUUACAAAUCUUAAAAUGAUCAAGAGAAGAAAUCAAACUACGGUAAAGUUUAAAUAAGUAAUUUUUAAAAUUAGUAUGGGAGAGUGUCUCAGGUUCGGGAUCAAGAGCGUUCCACAAACGGCAAGCGCUUGAGUGAAACGUUCGAAGGCCAGAGUUCCUUUUACAAGCUGGUGUUGUAAUAUUGUUAUUGGAAACGGAUCUCGUGUUAUGAUUAUGGGUGUUACUUAUAUGUUCAAUAUAUUUAUUAAAAUAAGCCGGGCAAUGUCCUUGAUUUAUUUUAUGAAGCAUAUAAAGCUUCCUAAUACGUAUAAUAUCAUCUAUAGGUAGCCAAUCUAAUUUGUUAAAAAGCUUGACUGAGUUUUGGUGAGUAUCAGCAUCUAAAAUAAGCCCAGCACAUCGUUUCUGUAGUCGUAAAACUCUUUCGAGAUUACCAACAGUACAGUUACUCCAGACCGUACAACAAUACUCUAGUAUUGGCUUGAUGAGGGCAUUAUAUAACAUUUUCCUACAAGCAAAGGUUAAAUAAACCUUUGCUCUUUUAAGGAGACAUAUUCUAGAGUUUAAUUUUUUAAUCAAACAGUCAAUGUGUAAGUUCCAUGAAAGGUUUGAGUCAAUGACAACUCCGAGCAGCUUUUCCCCUGCCGCUUCCUCUAAUUUGAUGUUAUCGAUAUAAAUUUCCAUUGUAGUCUCGCUGCUAUGGAUUAGCUUUUGAACAGAACCAAUUAGCAGGUGUUUGGUCUUCUUUGUGUUUGGUAGCAUCCUGUUCAAUUUAAACCAACUGUUAGACUUGAGCCCGCGGUACGGUCAGGUGAUACUGGUCAGCGGAUACCCUGUUUUGACAGCUGUCAAUUAAUCACAACAUUGAUGCGCAAUUAGUUUUCUCUUGGACUCCCAAACAAACUAGAAAGUGUAAGAGUAAACAUUGGUUAUCCUGUGGUGCGGACGGACGGUCGGCCGAACGGUCAAUCGGUGUACGGUCACGAGAUUACCAAAUUUUCUCGGAUGGGUAGAUUACCACAUUUCCUUAGCUAUGGGGCUCCGCUAAAAGGUUGUAUUGAUUUUAAAGCUUGAUGUUGUUGUUGAUUUUGUAAUUGCUGCAAAAUAAAUAAGCCCUCAAAUUUUAACCGUCAAAUGAAGAAUUAACUCGAGUGCAUCUACUUCAGUUGUACUCAAAGUUUUACCUAGAAUCCGGUGAUCUUCAUUUCCCUUACUUGUUUAAUUGUAAAGGACAAAGAGUAAAAAUUUAGAUCCCUUGCAAUUAUUAUAGCUGUUGAGUGUGGUAAUCCUGGCAAACCCAUCAAUGGAAGGCAGAUUGUCAAGAAAGGCUACGUCUAUGGUGGAUCAGUCAAGUUUGUUUGUGACAAGAAUUACACUCUAGUAGGGACUGAUGUUAUAUAUUGUCAAGCUAAUAGGAGUUGGAGUUCCUCUUUUCCACGUUGCUUAGGUAAGUGCAAUGAGUAAGAGAAAAUAAAAGACAUUAGUCCCGCUAACUAAUUUUUUCAAAGAGUUCUUAAUAGUUCAAAAAACAUGCAGUUCAAUGUUUGGUCGUUAAAAAAUGAUCAAGGGUUCAUUCAUAAAUUAUUAUCGUAGGAAUAAACAAACGUUUAUUGUAGACCACGCUUUUUUUUUUUUUUUUUUUCUGGCUUCCUAAACGACAAAAAAAAAAAAAAAUUCUUUACAAAAGACGACAAAAGGGUUCAUUCGAUUUGUCGGCAGUGUGUUUUAAAAUUAACUUAUCGUCACAAACGGAAUAAACAAAAACGUUUAACCCAGUUAAUCUUGACCAUGCCAUUUUUUUUUAGUUGUGCCCUUUUGACUGGGUUUUGUUUAUUCAAAGGGGAUGUAAAUUUGUUUAAAAGGUAAAAAAAAAUUAGUUGGUUAGUUCUGCUGAUAAUUUACACUGUCGAACACUGUUAAAAUUUGAAUCCAACAUCUACCAUUAAGUCAUUUUAUAUUCAGUUUUUUUUUGCCGAUAUGGGAUGCCGAAGGGGCAGGAGCACCAUCCGAUACACUCACUCAGCAUCUAAGCGAGCUUUUCGGGGCAAUUUUUCCUAAAGUUUUUCAAGAAUAAGAUUUUAAACGGGAAAAAGAGCUUUUUACCGUCUUUGGAUGUAAUAAUGAUCGCCUUUUACGUGAAAAAUAGUACAGUGAAAGACGAUACCAGUUUCUUCGGAGUGUCCACAAUUUAAAAUGCUUCUUUUUUGUUUUGCUGUUUAGAAUCAUUAUCUGACCUCUUCCUCUUACUAAUAAUUGGUUGUACUAGAAGCAUGUCCAUGGGAGCAUUUCUCUUACGUGUUACUAUUUCCCUUUCAUAGCCCUUCAGAAAGAGCGGCGUGGGAUGAGGAUAACUGUCAACCGGUCUUCCAAAUUUAAAAUGAUUUGAGCAAACUUAAUUAGUGUUUUUGUUCACCUUAAAUCCCUUUAGGUUCAGUAGUCUCGUCCAAGUAGCCAAGUGCCUUUGCUCUUUGCAAGAGCAGAAUUAACGUACCUCCGAAGAACUGGUAUGGUUCCUUCACCAACUAUUUCUUGGGAAACGCGGCGAUAAUUAUUACCACCAAAUAAAACACAACGGUCUUUUUUCCCAUUACAAACAUAUUCUAGGAAAACGUUCGGAAUAUUUUCCGAAAAGCGAGCGUAAAUACCGAACGAGUAUAUCGGAUCAAGCUCAUGCCCCCUGGGCAUCCUAUAAUACUCCUUAAAACCAAUUAAUCAAAUAUGGCCGCCGUUGUAAAAAGGUCUAUUGGCCAUUUGCACAUCUCCCAUAAUACACCUUGUUUGCCCCCAAAGUUUUGCAUAACCGUCUUUUCAAUUUCUGUUGGGUAUUGUAGUUUUCCCAGGAGAGACUGAAGACAAUGCUUAUGCACAAUUUUGGGGGAGUAUGUGUAUUAUGAGAGAAGUGCGAAUUUGGUCACCAAACGGCCUUGACUGAAUUAACAGUUAUACAAAUAUUUAAAUAAUUCUAAAUUGAGUGUGAUACAAUAUUUCAGCCACAAAACCUUGAAAUAAAUCACUUUUUAUAGAAAAAAGACGAAUUUGGUAAAACAAGGCUGUUAAACCCGGUAACGUUAAAGUUGACGUACAGGUCGCCAUGUUUUUAAAAUGUUGUUAGAUUAUUUUUUAGGACUAUUUGCUAAGUUUGAUUUCAUAGUUUGAACGAUUUUGAAGAUAUUCAAAGAUGUUCCUUGGUCUCAAUAAGGUAAAAUCCAAAUCAAAAUAACUCAGUGAGUUAGUUUCUAUAAAGAACUAAAGAAAUAACUAGCAAUUUGUUUUGUUCCCUUACUUUUUUCUGUAGCUAAGCUUGGUUUUUUUCUUUUUGAUUAAGCCAACUGUCGCUCACCUCGUGUUUUAAAUCAUGGUCUUAAAAUCGGUAAUAACUAUACACACGGAAAAACAGUUCGAUACUCUUGUAACAUUGGGUACACACUUGAGGGCGAGGCUGAACUGUCUUGUGUAGAUGGAAAAUGGAACACUGCUACUCCCAAGUGUAAAGGUUAGCGUUCAUUCUUGUUUUUUAAAAUAAAAGCUUGUGUUGAUUUUGGAGGUAAAGGGGGUUGUUUUAUUUGCAACUUUUUUAAUUGCGUGACAGAUUUCGGUAAUGGUUGCAAAAUGAGUUACACACCCUGCAACUUUGAACCGUUGAAAGAAGACUAAGCUCGCGUGGGUCUACUUAAGUUGCAGUUACUUUACCCUGCUAUUUUUAUUUCUUGUUACAAAAUUAACCACCCUGUAAUUAUUAUAGCUGUUGAGUGUGGUGAUCCUGGCAAACCAGCAAACGGAAAGCAGAUUGUGAAGACAGCCUACGUCUAUGGUGGAUCAGUCAAGUUUGUUUGUGACAAGAAUUACACUCUAGUGGGGACUGAUGUUAUAUAUUGUCAAGCUAAUAGGAGUUGGAGUUCCUCUGUUCCACGUUGCUUAGGUAAGUGCCAUGGGUAAGAGAAAAUAAAAGACAUUAGUCCCGCUAACUAUUAGUAACUAUUUUUUUCCAAAAGGGUUUUUAAGGGGUAAAACACAGUUACAUUUCGUGGUCGUUAAAAACUGAUCUAUACAUAAAUUAGCAGUAGAAAUAUUGUAGCUUUUAAACGGCAAAAGUUCGACAAAACACGACAAAACGUAUCGUCAUACUUAAUAAACAAGAGUUUAACCCUAACCUGACCAUGCUUUUUGUUCCUUUUCUUGCUUCGUAAGACAGGGAAACGUGGGCAGCUCCUCUCUGUAACUUAAAACAGAUCAUAACACAUCCACCAAAAUUAUACCUAAUAAUGUACUCAUCACUUUCAACAUCUAGGGAUCACUAACUCGAUUUGAGGUACUUAUGACGUAACAUUGUUAUGAGUUAUAAGCAGAAUCCAAAUUUCAUUUUUUUUGCCUAGGAGUAGCCAUGAAGCGAAAAAUGCUGAAAUAGUGAAAUGUUUGAAAAAAAUUACGAAGUUGGCUGACACACGGAUAAUCUUUAACAAUUCCAGAGGAGUCAUGAUGACUUUGUUUAUUAUUAGAGAACGUACUGGAACAACACCAUAUUAAAUCUGCCAUUUUGAAUUAAUUUUGUUCAAAAGCGGGUAAUGCUCGAUGUACCAAGUCAAUAUAUGCACUAUUGUGUCAUUCUAUUGUGUGGAGAUAAUUGUGUUAUUGUUUACGGGCUAGGGAUCAUUGUUGUGUUCUUUGAGACGUAACUCUAGAUUGCUAUUCACUUGAUCUAUAGUUAACCAGCUCAAUGAAAAACUCGUGCAAAUCGAGGACACCGUGAUAUUAUAUACAACCUCUGUAUUAAAGUAUGUUUACAAAGCAAAAAAUAAAAUAAAAGUAAAAAUACCGAUGUAAGUGUAAAAUUAAAAGUAAAAAAAAAAUAAACAACAACAAAAAAACUGCUAGUAAUUUACCGUGUUGAACCGGCACUGUUGAAAUUUGAAUCUAACUUCUACCAUUAAGUCAGUUUAUAUUCAAGUUUUUGAAUUGGCCAUUUGCGCAUCUGCCACAAGGACACCUCGUUUGCCCCCUAAAGUUUUUCCAGCAAACAAAGACAAUGCUUAUGCAAAUUUUUGAGGGCAAACAAGGUACAUUAUGGCAGAUGUGCAAAUGGCGAAUUUAGUCAUCAAAAAGCCUGGAUUAAAUUAACAGUUAUAAUGAAUAUAUCAAAUAAUUUAAAUUUAUUGGGACACAAUAUUCAAUAAGUAAACCUUGAAAUAAAUUGAUCCAAUCAUAUUAUAUGGUACAAAAGGCAAAUAUUGUGAAAUAAGGCUGUUAAAACCUCGGUUACCAUGGUAACGUGAAAAUUGACGUACAAGUCGCCUUAAUUUUGAAAUGUUAUUUGAUCAUGUUUUGUAAGAAAAAUUUCCUAAAUUUGUUGUCAUGCACGUAGUUUGAAUUAUUUUGAAGAUAUUUGGGUCCUUCAACGCUCCUGAAUCAGGUAAAAGCAAAAUCGAACGAAUUCAGUCAAUUAGUUUCUUAUGAACUAAAGACAUAACGGGCAAUUUAUUUUAUUGCCUUUCUUUUUUCUGUUGCUAAGCUUAGCUUAAUUUUUUUUCGUUUUUGAUUAAGCUAACUGUCACUCACCUGGUGACUUACAUCAUGGUCUUAAAAUCGGUAAUAACUACACGCACGGAAAAACAGUUCGAUACUCUUGUAAACUUGGGUACACACUUGAAGGCGAGGCUGAACUGACUUGUGUAGAUGGAAGAUGGAACACUGCCACUCCCAAGUGUAAAGGUAAGCUUUCAUUCUUGUUUUCCAUUUCCAAAAUAAAAACUUUCGUUGAUUUUGCAUUGGAAGUUAAGGUUAUUUUAUUUGCAACUUUUCAAAUGACGUGGCAAAUUUUAGUAAUGGCUGCAAAAUGAAUUAUAUAGCCCACAACUUUGAACUGGUAAAAGAAGAAUUAACUCGUGAGCGUCUACUCAAGUUGCAGGCUAAAGCUUUACUUGAUACCCUGCAAUCUUCAUUUCCCGUAUUGGUUUAUUAUACAUAAACGACAAAGGCUAAAAAAUUAACCACCCUGUAAUUAUUACGAUAGCUGUUGAGUGUGGUAAUCCUGGCAAACCAACUAACGGAAAGCAGAUUGUCAGGAAGGGCUACGUCUAUGGUGGAUCAGCCAAGUUUUUUUGUGACAAGAAUUACACUCUGGUGGGGACUAAUGUUAUAUAUUGUCAAGCUAAUAGGAGUUGGAGUUCCUCUGUUCCACGCUGCGUAGGUACGUGCCAUGUGUAAGACAAAAUUAAAGACGUUUACCUUCAUUAGUUUUUGCCUUAAAGUAUAAAUAGUAGUAAGAUUGGAUGGUCGUAGAAAUGUAAUUUAUGAAAAUUAGCAGUACAAAAUUGUAGCUUUUUAGAAAUACGUAUUAAUACUAGUUGUUCGAACAAUUUAACUUAGUGUGCUAAAUAAUACUAAGAGAAACGCAAGUUAACGAAACCAAUUAAUUUACUAUGAAAUUUGGUCUUAAAGAACAAAUCAUUCGUUUACCCUUGUUUUUCUGUUAUUAAGAUUUUUCUUUCUGUUCAAAUUAAAGCUAACUGUCGAUCCCCUGGUGAUAUAAAUCACGGCCUUAAAAUCGGUAAUAACGGAAAGACAGUUCGAUACUCUUGUAACGCUGGGUUCACACUUGAAGGCGAGGCUGAAGUGACUUGUGAAGAGGGAACAUGGAAUACUGAUACCCCCAAGUGCAAAGGUACAUUUGUAAGCGUGAAUGAAUUGGUAUUUAGAGAUAUAUAGCUUGUAGCCUGGGACUAGGAUCCGCAUUGGGAAAAAAAAAGAAAAAAAUGAGCUCGGGCGAAAAAAAAAUUGGCGAGCGAGGCGAUCCGUAAGGUAGUCUGGGGAGGGAAAAGGGUAGCAGGGCCUGGAGACAUGCCUUUGAUGCCUCCGAUCCGCCAUCCAGCAAUUAACUUGUCAUUGAAAUGUCAACAAUUCAGCACGUCAGCUUUUUGUGUCGCUUUUGUAAAAAAAAUAUUUGAAUUCGAGAUGAAGCCGUAAGAGUGGAAGCAAAGAGAUCUACUUAACUUCAAUCGCCAACUCGAUUACCACCAGCUCCGGCCAAGAGAAAUAAAGACGGUUCAGAGGAAAAUGCACCACAUUCGGCCGGUGAAGUACAGCCGAAUAGAUUCUCAAGGAGAUCCCUCAGAGUUCGCAUCAUAAUGCUCGUUUACUUAGCUUCUUAUGAUGUACCAAAUGAAAUAUUGCUCUUAGUAGAGUUCUUUUUUUCCGCGGAGAUAACAUGUGUAAGUUUAUCUCCUUACGCGACAUGGACCUGAGUUUUUGGAAAGUCUUGGUAGUGGCCUAUCCAGGAAAUCUGAGGGUUUUGUUUAGGCAUUUAACUUGAAGAUCGAGGUUAUAACAGUUUUAAAAGAGGUACAAAGAAAACUAUCAGAUAAAGGAACAAAUAAUAGAAUGGAUAGUUUGGAGACUCAGGUUUUAAUUCAAGAAAAUGGCUUUAGGCUGGAAAAUUUUGCAGGGACGUUUAAGAAACGUGCAACACAUCCUAUCAUACAUGCGGAAGGUACGUGAGACCACGCGAUCUGUUCGCGGUCUUCUUGUUUUCCAAAAUAAAAAGUUGUAUUGAUUUUGGAGCUUAAUGUUGUUGUUGUUUUUUUGCAACUGUUAAUUUUAGGUAACAAAUUUUUGUAAUGGCUGCAAAAUAACUAAGCCCUUAAAAUUUAACUGUCAAAUGAAGAAUUAAGUCGAGUGCAUCUACUCGAUUUGUAGUCAAAGUUUUAACUAGUAUCCUGUGAUCUUCAUUUCCCAUACGUGUUUAAUUGUAAAGGACAAAGAUAAAAAAAUAAGAUCCCUUGGAAUUGUUAUAGCUGUUGAGUGUGGUGAUCCUGGCAAACCGACCAAUGGAGAUCAGAUUGUCAAGAAAGGCUACGUCUAUGGCGGAUCAGUCAAGUUUGUUUGUGACAAGAAUUACACUCUAGUUGGGGCUGAUAUUAUAUAUUGUCAAGCUAAUAGGAGUUGGAGUUCCUCUCGUCCACGCUGCGUAGGUAAGUGCCAUGUGUAAGACAAAAUUAAAGACAUUUACCCUCUUUGGUUUUUGCCUUAAAGUAUAAAUAGCAGUAAGAUGGAGUUCCUCUGUUCCACGUUGCUCAGGUAAGUGCCAUGGGUUUCGUGGUGGUUAAAAAAUGAUCUAUACAUAAAUGAUAAGUAGAAAUGUUGCAGGUUUGAAACGACAAAAGUUCGACAAAACACGAAAAAACUUAUCGUCAUACUUAAUAAACAAAAGUUUAACCCUAAUUUGACCAUGCUUUUUGUUCCUUUUCUGGCUUCCUAAGAAAGGAAAACGUAGGAGGCUCCCCUCUAUAACUUAAAACAGAUCAUAACACAUCUUCCAAAAUUACACCUAAUAAUGUACUCAUCAUUUUCAACAUCUAGGGAUAACUCAUGCGAUUUGAGGUACUUAUGACGUAACAUUGUUGUGAGUUAUAAGCAGAAUCAAAAUUUUAUUAUUUUAUUUGCCUAGGAGUAACCAAAACGCGGAAAAUGCGAAAAUGGUGAAAUGUGUAAAAAACUUAUAAAGUUGGCUAACACCCGGAUAAUCUUUAACAGAAGCAGUGGCGUCAUGAUGACUUUGUUUAUUAUUAGAGAACGUACUGGAACAACGCCAUAUUAAAUCUGUCAUUUUGAAUUGAUUUUGUUCAGUCAAAACCGUGUGAUGCUCGAUAUACCAAGUCAAUAUAUACACUAUUUUGUCGUUUCAUGGUGUGGAGUUAAUUGAGUUAUUGUUUACGGGAUAGGGAUCAUUGUCGUGUUCUUUGUGACGUAACUCUAGAUUGCUAUUCACUUGAUAUAUAGUGCACCAGCUCAAUUAAUAACCCGUGUAAAUAGAGGUAACCGUGAUAUCAAAAACGACCUGUGUAUUAAAGUAUGCUUAAAUAGCAAAAGACAAAAUAAAAUAGAAGUAAAAAUACCGAUGUAAACCUACAAUUAAAAGAAAAAAAAACUGCUAGUAAUUAACCUUGUUGAACGCUGUUGAAAUUUCAAUCAAACUUCUACCAUCAAGUCAUUUUAUAUUCAAGUUUUUGAAUUGGCCAUUUGCACAUCUGCCAUAAGACGCCUCGUUUGCCUCCUAAAGUUGGUGGUUUUUUUGGAAGCCCUGUAGAUUUGAAUUAAGUUUGAGCAAGGCAAGUGGUGGGUUGUUUGUAACUGUGUUGUUUGUAACCUGUGUAUUUAAGUAUGCUUAAAAACGAGAAAAUAAAAUAAAAUAAAAGUAAAAAGACCGAAGUAAAUGUAAAAUUAAAGUAAAGGGAAAAAGACUUCUGGUAGUUAACCUUGUUAACCACUGUUGAAAUUAGAAUCCAACUUCUACCAUUAAGUCAUUUUAUAUUUAAGUUUUUGAACUGGCUAUUUGCACAUCUGCCAUAAGACACCUCGUUUGCCCCCUGAAGUUGGUGGUUUUGUUUGGAAGCCCUGUAGAUUUGAAUUAAGUUUGAGCAAGGCAAGUGGUGGGUUGUUUGUGACUGGCUCUGACUACAGAUGGCAUGGCGGGAGGGCGAAAGGGAGAAAUUGCAAAAAAUAUAAGACAUCUAAAUAUGUCAACGGCUCUUCAUCGCUUUAGAACAUUUACUUUAAGCCGAGACUUGCUCAAAUUCGAGCACUUUUAACAAACGCUUAAGCCAUGAAGCUAAUGCUUGCAUAAUCAAAUAGGUUUAUAUUUAUUUCAAGGCCAAAAUUUGAAUUGAUUGCGUCUAGUUUAUACACCGAUAGGUUUGAGACUGAUUGGAGGACGUUGGCCUGGAGAGGGCAGAGUGGAGAUCUAUUACAACGGUACCUGGGGAACGGUUUGUGACGAUUAUUGGCAUAAAAAUGAUGCUCGAGUUGUCUGUCGUCAACUUGGGUAUCCGUCCGCUGUCAGUGCUCCACACAGAGCACGGUUUGGUAUAGGAAGUGGAAAGAUUUGGCUGGACAAUGUUCAGUGUCAGGGAAAUGAAAAUUCCAUUGUGAAUUGUCGACACCGUCCAUGGGGUGAGCAUAACUGUGACCACUAUGAGGAUGCAUCAGUGAUCUGUUCAAGUAAGUAAUAAAUAGAUUGUAAUUAUAAUUAUUAUAGCUCUUCUUAAAGUUGAGCCGAAUGUCAAUUACAAUGGACACUCUCGGGACACCUGCGUAUUGAAGGGGAGUCCAAUUAAAAUGUUCUCAUACAUAACCUUUUUAUUUGUUACCUCUAUUGAAGGGACAUCUCUAUUCAAGGGAAAGGAACACUUGUUCUGGGUCCCGAAACCCGGCUUUAAACUCCAUUCAAGCGACACCUUAAAUCAGCACCCAAAAGCUAACUAACGGCAAAAUUCGUUGAUAAGUUCACUAGUCACGAUGGCGACAGCUUUCAAAACAUGAACUAUCUGACUUGAAAACGAUGUAUUACACUUGUGAGACUUCAACACACCACAUCACAGAAAUAAGUUAAUCAGGAUUUUUUUUGGACAUUAUCUAGAUGCUUGAAAUAAUGACUGCAGCAGAUUUCGAGGCAGAAUAAAAAAUGCAGUUUUAUUUGUUGCUUUAAUUACUAACAAACCCCAGCCCAUUACCUCCAUUUAGAGCGGACACCUCUGUUCAUGCUAAACUUGCUUUAGACCCAAGAAUUUCCCGAUGUUAUGGGUGGGCAAGCUGUUGUAAUACGUAGUUUGUGUGAUUCUAUUAAUUAUUAGAAAUAACGAAAUUACUGACUAUAUAAUUGUAGACCCAUUGGAAUAGAUUACAUUGUGCAAAGCAGGAUCUAUUACUUGACAGGCGUCACAUGAGUGUGACUAUUUGAAAGUGUUCCACAGAUAAUUUUUCCUAAUCUUAAUGCAGUUCAUAGUAUUGCCAUUAAAAUUUCACCUACGCAGCCAUUUGCACAAAACUCUUGUCACAAGUUGCUUAAUUAACUACUAAAUGAUAUAUCACAGCAUGAUUGGUGUAAUACAUAAGGGGCUUUGUAAUCAUCCCUGCACCCGCACCUUUGAUUCGCCACUGCUGUUUAAACUUGAUUCGGCGAUGUCAAGAGAGAAUUCAACAGUCAUCAUUGCAAAUAUCCUGCUUUUUUUUCCUUUGAGGGUUUGAUUCUUGACUUGAUUAAAAUGUGCGGACGCCUUAGGAAUAAGACUUCCGUUUAAUUACAACCACUAAAAAUAAAUUUAGUGAAAUUCACAUAUCUACACCAACACCUUAAGAUUUCCUCUGCCGGUCCCAUUAAACUCUCUUGGCCAGUAUGUCAAGGCGUUUUCAUUGACAGUGUAAUUUUUAAAUCAAGUUUCGCAGAAAAAUUCAACUUAAGUUCUGUUCCUCAAUAAUAUGGUCAUCAAAGAGGUAGCUGGAAGACGACGGCCUUAUAAGGGGCUCUAGGUGGUUGGUCUAUAAAAAUGAAAAUCCCUAGCCUAGUUCUGUUACAUUUCGCAGUAUUCCCCUAUUCCUUUGCACACUUCAGUCAAAUACCAUCGAAGAAGUUCUGUGCAGAUUACACAAAACGACGAAGUUUUCCAUUUUAAAAUAUUCUGUGUACAUGACAGGUUAACAGAUGUUGGAAUAGAGUUGUUUGUUUCUUCGCUUUGUCUGUUUGCCUUUCAAAACCCAAAUAAGAAUUUACCUCAACUUAUACACUAGCAACUUUGAGACUGAUUGGUGGAAGUGGGCCUGGAGAGGGCAGAGUGGAGAUCUAUUACAGAGGUACCUGGGGAACUGUUUGUGACGAUAAUUGGGAUAAAAAUGAUGCUCGAGUUGUCUGUCGUCAACUUGGGUAUUUGUUUGCUGUCAGUGCUCCACACAGUGCACGGUUUGGUCAAGGAAGUGGAAAAAUUUGGCUGGACAAUGUUCAAUGUCAGGGAAAUGAGAGUUCCAUUGUGAAUUGUCGACGCCGCCCAUUGGGUGAGCAUAACUGUGGACACCAUGAGGAUGCAUCAGUGAUCUGUUCAAGUAAGCGUAAUAAUAAAUAGAUUGUAAGUUAUAAUUAUUAUAGCUUGUAUUAUAGUUGAGUCGAGUGUCAAUUACAAUGGACCCUCUCGUGACACCUCCGUAUUGAAGGGAAAAUUUAGGGAAGUCCCAGGAAAGUGUUCACAAACAUAACCUUUUUAUUUGCUACCUCUAUUGAAGGGACAUCUCUAUUCUGGGGAAAGGAACACUUUUUCUGGAUCCCUAAACCCGGCUUUAACCUCCAUUCAAGGGACAUCUUAAUCAGCACCCAAAAGUGGACUAACGACAAAAUUCGUUGAUAAGUUUAAGUGUUACAUAACAUAACAUACAUGUUUAUUCAAACUCAUAAUAACUACAUGAAUUUGAAAGGGAGAGUCUAGAGGUUAACCCUAUGAAUAAAACUCUCCUAAAAACAACAAACAAACAAUAAAAAUUACAACUUUAAAAAGGAUUUGAGUUUACAUUUAAAAAGUUCAAGGGAACCGGCUUCAACAAAAUUACUAGGUAAGUUGUUCCAAUAAAUAAUUACAUUGUUAAAAAAAGAAUAUUUAAAACAGUUGAUUCUAGAUAAUUUACAAUAAAGCUUAUACGAGUGAUUUGCCCUAGUGGAUUUGACUUUUGCGAAUUGAAAGAAUUCCUCAAAAUCCAAGUGUGAUAAGCCAAACACGAUCUUAUAACAUUCAACAAGAGAGGAAUAUGUCCUACGACUGGACAAAGAUGGCCAAUGUAACGAGUCACAACGCUCUUCAUAAGACAUAUCACCUCUUUUUUGCCUAAGAGCUUAUCUUGACGCGCGUCUUUGCACGCUCUCUAUUGCAUGAAUAUCUUUGACAAGAUAUGGGUUCCAGACUGGAGCAGCAUACUCUAGAAGUGGUCUGACCAAUGUUUUGUAAAGCAAUGAAAAAGUUGUUGUAUUAGCUGUUCCAACAGACCGUCUUAUUAGCCCUAGGACUUGGUUCGCCUUAUUCACCAUAGUACUAAUAUGUUCACUCCAAGUAAGAUCUUUUGAUAUAAUAAUUCCAAGAUCUUUAAAGCUCUUGACAUCUUUUAAGGCCGUACCUAGUUUAUAAUUCGUAGUCGAUUUGUCACGAGAAUGCGUUAUUCGCAUUGCUUCACACUUUUCCUCAUUGAAACGAAGUUGCCAUUUUUUCGCCCAUUUACCAAGAUUAUUCAAAUCAGUUUGAAGGUAUUGUUCAUCGAGACUAGGGUUGCGAAGCUCUCUGUAAAUCUUUGUGUCAUCCGCAAAUAAUUUAAUUUUUGAAGAGACACUAUCAACGAUAUCAUUUAUAUAUGAUAGGAAUAAAAUUGGACCAAGUAUAGUUCCCUGUGGGGUACCAGAUAUCACAGGUGCCCAAUCAGAAAAAGUCCCUCUUACAACAACUCGUUGCUUUCUACACGUGAGGAAAUGCCUCAACCAGUUAAGAAGUUUGCUCUCAAUACCGAGGCUAUAUAACUUUAUGAGUAGACGCUCAUGAGGAACACUAUCAAAAGCCUUGCGAGAUCAAGAAAUACAACAUCUGUUGCAACAGAUGAAUUCCUAGAUCUGGCGAAGUCAUGAAAAGUAGAGAGUAAUUGGGUCACAGUAGACCUACCCUGCAAAAAACCAAAUUGGUUUUUGUUUAUCACGUUAUGGUCUUGCCAAAAUGACGUUAACCUAUCGCGUACAAUUUUUUCGCUGAUUUUGCAUAUCAUGGAUGUAAGCGAAAUUGGACGAUAAUUCUCCCUCAAGUGCUUAGAACCUUUCUUAUGAAGUGGGACAAUAUCAGCUGAUCUCCAAUCUUCGGGCAAAUGGCCCAGCAGGAAAGAUUUGUUAACCAGAAAUGAGAUCGAGGGCGCCAAUUCGAACGCACAUGAUUUUAAAAUUACUGGUGAAAUUCUAUCUGGACCCGGGGACUUGUUCGUUUUAAGAGACUUAAGAUGCUUUAAAAUUUCCUCAGUAGUACAGGAAAUAUAAUUAAGUUUCUCACAAACUAAAGGCUCUAAAGAAGGCAAGUUGGUGAAGUCCUCACUAGUCAGAAGGGCUACAGCUUUCAAAACAGGAACUAUCUCACCUGGAAACGAUGUAUUACACUUGUGAGACUUCACAUUACAGAAAUAAUUUAAUCAGGAUUUUUUGUACAUUAUCUAGAUGCUUGAAAUAAUGACGGUAGCAGAUUCCGAGGCAGAAUAAAAAAUGCAGUUUUAUUUGUUAAUUAAUUAUUAACAAACCCUAGCAUAUUACCUCCAUUCAGGGCGGACACCUGUAUGUUCAGCCUAAGCUUGCCUCGGUCCCGAGAAUUUCCCGAUAUUAUGGGUGGGCAAGCUGUUGUAAUACGUAGUUUGUGUGAUUCUAUUUAUUAUUAGAAAUAAUGAAGGAGGAGGAGUAGCCAUGAAGCGGAAAAUGCUAAUAUAGUGAAAUGUUUAAAAAACUUAUGAAGUUGGCUAAUACACGGAUAAUCUUUAAAAAUAGUAGUGGCGUCUUAAUGACUUUGUUUAUUAAUAGAGAAGGUACUGGAACAACGCCAUAUUAAAUCUGCUUUUUUGAAUUAAUUUUUGUUUAAAACCGGGUGAUGCUCGAUAUACCAAGUCAAUAUAUACACUAUUGUGUCGUUGUAUUGUGUGGAAAUCAUUGUGUUAUUGUUUACGGGCUAGGGAUCAUUGUAACUGUAGAUUGCUAUUCACUUGAUACAUAGUGCACUAACUCAAUUAAAAACCCGUGUAAAUCGAGGAAACCGUGAUAUUAAAUACGACCUGUGUAUUAAAGUAUUCUUAAAAACGAAAAAAUGAAAUAAAAUAAAAGUAAAAAGACCGAAGUAAAUGUAAAAUUAAAGUAAAGGGAAAAAAAAAGCUGCUGGUAGUUAACCUUGUUGAACACUGUUGAAAUUAGAAUCCAACUUCUACCGCGUUAAGUCAUUUUAUAGCGGAGCACCAUGGGUAAGAAAAUUUGGUAAACUAUCCAUCUGAGAAAAUUUGGUUAUGAUGUAGUAAUUCAUGGCUGGUUUGUUUAUUGCGCUUUUUGUUGACAAAUGCACCGCUUGUCAAAGUCAUUGGAAAUCCGAUUUCGGAUGGCAUCGUUUUCAAAAAUGAGCUUACUCACUUGCCCUUGCUUGAGGCGUAAGAGGGUUGACCCUCAGAAGCAGCAUCUCGACUGGUAAGCCUGAGAAAUUGUUGUCUUUGAUGUUUUUUUUUUCGGUUUCCUGAAGUCGAGCGUAUGGAGUAUGCGGCUUAAGUUUAUACACGAGCAAUGAUCUAACCUACAAUAGUAUCAGGUUUAAAAAGCCUUAAGACAUUAUUUGACCGCAAAUUCAAAGAAAAUGUUCCGAAGAUUAUUUACUUAUGAUUUUGGCUGUAAACAGAAAGCUCUGGGCGAUUUUCUUGCCUCGAGUUCAUCUUGAAAAAGAGCAAACACCGGGAAGCCUGCUUAAAACAUAAAUAAGCUUAUGCUUACCUGACUCAUGAUUUUCAAAGACACUUUACUCUCAAUACUUCUCUCCGUGAAUGAAAAUUAUUGUCUCUGUACAUGUUUCACCGAAUUAUAUUUAUUUUAUUGAUUGUUAGUAGUCCCUCUCGCAAUUUUUAUCGCUGCACCGGUUGUAUCCAGUCGAACAUAAACAUCUCAUGCAGGAAUACUCAAAACGCUGCGCGUAAAUAUCACUCGCUUUUAAAGAUUUUACAUACCAAAACCAUACGCAGUUUAAUAAAGAAAGGGAAAUAAAACCUAAACAUAACAAUUUAUCUAUCAUGUUGAAGCGUAAAUGGUGACUCUAUUAAUCGCACUGCAAAUUUGGUGCCUGUCAAAAGUGAGCCCCGUCCGGCUGGCCGAAAAGAGAUUUUGGGAAUUUGUUUAUCGUUUUCAUUAAAAGCCCAUAUUACCCUGCAUAUCACAUAGGACAAGAUUUUUCUAACUGAAAGUCCUGGCAUUAUAGAAUUCUCCUCAUGAAAACGUUUUAUAAUUCAAUGCUAUAAUUUGUUGUGCAAAGGAAGGGCGUGCUUUGAUCGUCGUGGAUAUUGAAUGAGUGCAUAUUCUCUUGCAAAAUUGUGAAAAACUGCAGAAUUAUAGGUUUAAAUAGGGCAAAAAAGAACAAAUUCUGUCCGAGGACUGUAUGAUAAAAACAAGGGCCUCAUAGUACUGUUUACCUGAGACGUGAUGAGAAAAAGUAUGUUUAAAAGGCUGGUUUACACGCCACCAGAUUCGUCGCCAAGAUUUACUAGUAAACUAAACUUGUCGAACACAAAAAAUCCGGCCUGUUUUUUUUAUUUUGGCCUCCCUUUUAGACAGAGGAAUGCAACGUGUAAAUUGGCUGCCACCAAGGACUAUCGUGGCGCGUGUGUUUCUUAAAAUUAUAUUUCGGGGUUGUCCAAUUAUCCAUAGUCUCUCAAACGGAGCAAUGUUGGAGAGAGUGGUGAAUGCCACAUUAUGAAGCAACAGCUAAUGCAAAUACAAUGCACGAAUAGGUAGGUCUAUUUGUUUUCCAGGCCUAAUCUACUGUGAUCGAACAUGAUUGCUAUUUUUGGGUGUACAAAUAGGACUAUUUAAUAACUCGAUGUAAAAGCUGUUGCACUCUUGGACUGUCAAAUUAUUUUUCUCUAAAAUCACCAGUCACUUAGCUUUUGCUUCAAACGUCAAAUGAAUGUGCCCUGAUCUGUGGAUUACAAGUUUAUUGUUUGAUUUAAAUUAUGAAUUUAUUAACGGGAGCUUCGCUUUUAGCCCUGGCUAAAUCUAUAUAUCAUUUAAGUUUUUGAACUUUCUAUUUGCACAUCUGCCAUAAGACACCUCGUUUGCCCCCUGAAGUUGGUGGUUUUGUUUGGAAGCCCUGUAGAUUUGAAUUAAGUUUGAGCAAGGCAAGUGGUGGGUUGUUUGUGACUGGCUCUGACUACAGAUGGAAUGGCGGGAGGGCGUAAGGGAGAGCUUGCAAAAAAUAUAAGACAUCUAAAUAUGUCAACGGCUCCUCAUCGCUUUAGAACAUUUACUUUAAGCCGAGACUAGCUCAAAUUCGAGCACUUUUAACAAACGCUUAAGCCCUGAAGCUAAUGCUUGCAUAAUCAAAUAGGUUUAGAUUUGUUUCAAGACCAAAAUUUGAAUUGAUUGCGUCUAGUUUAUACACCGAUAGGUUUGAGACUGAUCGGAGGAAGUUGGCCUGGAGAGGGCAGAGUGGAGAUCUAUUACAACGGUACCUGGGGAACGGUUUGUGACGAUAAUUGGGAUGAAAAUGAUGCUCGAGUUGUCUGUCGUCAACUUGGGCAUCCUUCUGCUGUCAGUGCUCCAAACACUGCACGGUUUGGUGAAGGAAGCGGAAAGAUUUGGCUGGACGAUGUUCAGUGUCAGGGAAAUGAGAGUUCCAUUGCCAGUUGUCGACACCGUUCAUGGGGUGUGCAUAACUGUGGACACAAUGAGGAUGCAUCAGUGAUCUGUUCAAGUAAGCGUAAUAAUAAAUAGAUUGUAAUUUAUAAUUAUGAUUUAAUAGCUUUUAUUAGAGUUGAGCCGAAUGUCAAUUACAAUGGACCAUCUCGGGACACCUCCGUAUUGAAGGGAAAAUUCAGGGGAGUCUCAGUGUUAACGUACAUAUAACCUUUUAAUUUGUUACAUCUUUUGAAGGGACGUCUCUAUUAAGGGAAAGGAACACUUUUUCUGGGUCCCGAAACCCGGCCUUAACCUCCAUUCAAGGGACAUUUUAAUCAGCACCAAAAAAGCUGACUAACGCUAAGAUUCGUUGAUAAGUUCACUAGUCGCAAUGGCGACAGCUUUCAAAACAUGAACUAUCUGACUUGAAAACGAUGUAUUACACUUGUGAGACUUCAACACACCACAUCACAGAAAUAAGUUAAUCAGGAUUUUUUUGUACAUUAUCUAGAUGCUUGAAAUAAUGACUGCAGCAGAUUCCGAGGCAGAAUAAAAAAUGCAGAUUUAUUUGUUAGUUAAUUAUGAACAUUCACAUCCCAACCUCCAUUCAGGGUGGACACCUCUGUUCAUGCUUAACUUGCCUUGGACCCGAGAAUUUCCCAAUAUUUUGGGUGUGAAGCUGUUGUAAUAUGUAGUUUUUGUGAUUCUGUUUAUUAUUAGAAAUAAUGAAAUUACUGACUAUAUAAUUGUAGACCCAUUGGAAUGGUUUGCAUUGUGCAAAGCAGGAUCUAUUACUUGACAGGCGUCACAUGAGUUUGACUAUUUGAAUCUGUUCCACAGAUAAUUUUGUUUACUCUUAUUAGCUUGCAGUUCAUAGUAUUGCCAUUAAAAUUUCACCUACGCAGCCAUUUGCACAAACCCCUAGUCACAAAUCGCUUAAUUAACUACUAAAUGAUAUAUCACAGCAGGAUUGAUGUAAUAAGUAAGGGGCUUUGUAAUCAUCCCUGCACUCUCACCUUUGAUUCGUCACUAUUGUUCAAACUUAAACGAACAGUGUCUCGAUUAUGCGUACGCGCGAGCGUCAUCUGUUCUUUCUUCAAAAGACAAUAGAACUGUCAUAUUGACUCGACAAGAUUUCUUUCCGGACCGCCCCGCCGACGGUGAUUUUUUGUUUACAUUCUCAAGUAAUAUUUUAGACUUUCGAAGAAAUCUUUCGUCUUAUUGAAAAUUUGGCUCGCGGCACUAAGACUCAUCGCGUCAUGAUUUCAUAGCGCUAGGUUUUGUAAAAAUGUGGCGCCUCUUUGUUUGAUUUUGUCGGCCUUUGGGAAGUUCAUUUAAAAGUUUACUAACGCGUCGUUACAAAACAUCUUGCUUUGCGAAGCUUAAUUGCACAAGAUCUCCUUAGCCACAUCAAUGUCUCAAUGGUUUCUUUGUUACAGUCUUUACUGUUGCUGUUUCAUUUCUGCGUAUUCCUUUCACACUAUCUGAGCUUGUAUGGAAGCUAACAGAAGAAAUAAGCCUUCAAUCAGCAUCAAAGCGCUUCUCGUCUUUUGGUCCUCGGCCAAGGGCAAUAAAAGUAACGCCAAAAAAGCUCGAUUUCUCCCAUAUCGAAAUUUAACGGGAACAAUAUAUUAUUGAUCUGUAAUCCUGAGAAGUUUAAGUGUAGCAAUGAAGUCGGCCAAGCGCGAAGCGGUUCUCUUACUCUCCUCGCAUCUUUUGAUUUCGCGACAUCCUGUCCAAAAAUCAACGUUUGGUGCAUGCGCAGUAACGGGAUACUGUUCCUUUAAUACAGCGUUGUCAAGAGAGAAUUUAACAGCCCCCACUGCAAAUAUUCUGCUUUUUUUGUAUCGAGGGCUUGAUUUCUGGACUUGAUUAAACUGUGCGGACGCCUCAGGAAUAAGACUUCUGUUUAAUGACAACCACUAAAACUAAAUUUAGUGAAAUUCACAUACCCACGCCAACACCUUAAGAUUCCCUCUCUGCCGGGCCCAUUUAACUCUCUUGGCCAGUAUGUGAAGGCGUUUUCACGGACAGUUUUGUUUUUAAAUGAAGUUUUGGGGGAAAAUUCAAGUUAAGUUCUGUUCCUCAAUAAUACGGUCAUCGAAGAGGUAGCUGAAAGGUGACGGUCUUAUAUCGGUCUCUUGGUGGUUGCUCUUUCAAAAUGAAAAUCCCUAGCCUUGUUCUGGUACAUUUCGCAGUAUUCACCUAUUUCUUUGCACACUUCAGUCGAAUAGCAUCGCAGACGUUCUGUGCAGAUUACAAAAAAAGACGAAGUUUUCAAUUUUAAAAUAUUCUGUGUGCAUGACAGGAUAACAGAUUGAGGAAUAGAGUUGUUUGUUUGUUUUUCAAAACCCAAAUAAGCAUUUACCUGUAACUUAUACAAUAGCAACUUUAAGACUGAUUGGAGGAAGUGGGCCUGAAGAGGGCAGAGUGGAGAUCUAUUACAGAGGUACCUGGGGAACGGUUUGUGACGAUGAUUGGGAUAAAAAUGAUGCUCAAGUUGUCUGUCGUCAACUUGGGUAUUCGCUUGCUGUCAGUGCUCCACACAGUGCACGGUUUGGUCGAGGAAGUGGAAAAAUUUGGCUGGACGAUGUUCAAUGUCAGGGAAAUGAGAGUUCCAUUGUGAGUUGUCGACACCGUCCAUGGGGUGAGCAUAACUGUGGACACAACGAGGAUGCAUCAGUGAUCUGUUCAAGUAAGCGUAAUAAUAAAUAGAUUGUAAUUUAUAAUUAUGAUUUAAUAGCGUUUAUUAGAGUUGAGGCGAAUAUCAAUUACAAUGGACCUCUCGGACUUCUCCUUAUUGAAGGGAAAAUUCAGUGGAGUCCCAGGAAAAUGUUCACAGACAUAACCUUUUUAUUUGUCACCUCUUUUGAAGGGAAAUCUCUAUUCUGGGGAAAGGAACAUUUUUUCUGGAUCCCGAAACCCGGCUUUAACCUCUAUUCAAGGGACAUUUUGAUCAGCACCAAAAAGCUGAUUAACGGCAAAAUUUGUUGAUAAGUUCAAGUGUUCACUAGUCACAAUGGCGACAGCUUUCAAAACAUGAACUAUGUGACUUGAAAACGAUGUAUUGCACUUGUGAGACUUCAACACACCACAUCACAGAAAUAAGUUAAUCAGGAUUUUUUUGUACAUUAUCUAGAUGCUUGAAAUAAUGACUGCAGCAGAUUUCGAGGCAGAAUAAAAAAUACAGAUUUAUUUGUUUGUUAAUUAUUAACAUUCACAUUCCAACCUCCAUUCAGGGCGGACACCUCUGUUCAGUCUAAACGUGCCUUGGACACGAGAAUUUCCCGAUAGUUUGGGUGUGAAGUUGUUAUAAUAUUUAGUUUUUGUGAUUCUGUUUAUUAUUAGAAAUAAUGAAAUUAAUGAUUAUAUAAUUGUAGACCCAUUGGAAUAGUUUACACCGUGCAAAGGAGGAUCUAUUACUUGACAGGCGUCACAUGAGUGUGACUCUUUGAAACUGUUCCACAGAUAAUUUUUUUCUACUCUUAUUAGCUUGCAGUUCAUAGUAUUUCCAUUAAAAUUUCACGUACGCAGCUAUUUGCACAAACCACUAGUCACAAAUCGCUUAAUUAACUACUUAAUGAUAUAUCACGGCAUGAUUGGUGUAAUACAUAAGGGCCUUUCGAAUCAUCCCCGCACUCUAACCUUUGAUUCGCCACUGUUGUUCACACUUAAAGAAACAGUGUCCCGAAUAUGCGCACGCGCGAGCGUCAUUUAUUUUUUUCUUCAAAAGACAAUAGAACUGUCAUAUUGACUCGACAAGAUUUCUUUCCGGACCGCAUCGACAACGGUGAUUUGUUGUUUACAUUCUCAAGUAAUGUCUUAGACUUUCGAAGAAAUCUUUCGUCUUAUUGAAAAUUUGGCUCGCGGCACGAAGACUCAUCGCGUCAUGAUUUCAUAGCACUAGGUUUUGUAAACAUGUAGCGCCUCUUUGUUUUAUUUUUUUUCGGCCUUUGGGAGGUUCAUUUAAAAGUUUACUAACGCGUCCUUACAAAACAUCUUGCUUUACGAAGCUUAAUUGCACAAGAUCUCCCUAGCCACAUCAAUGGUCUCAAUGGUUUCUUUCUUACAGUCUAUUUUUGCUGUUUCAUUUCUGCGUAGUGUUUUCACAAUUAUCAGACCUUGUAUGGAAGCUAACACAAGAAAUAAGCCUUCAACUGGCAUCAAAGCGCUUCUCGUCUUUUGGUUCCCCGGCCAACGGCAAUAAAAGUAACGCCAAACAAUCACGAUUUCUCCUAAAUCGAAAUUUAACGGGAACAAUAUAUUAUUGCUUUGUAAUUCUGAGAAGUUUAACUGUAGCAUUGAAGUCGGCCAAGCACGAUACAAACGGAUUUUUCAAGGUUCUCUUACUCUCCUCGCAUCUUUUGAUUUCGCGACAUGCGCAGUAACGGGAUACUGUUCCUUUAAUUCAGCGUUGUCAAGAGAGAAUUUAACAGCCCCCAUUGCAAAUAUUCUGCUUUUUUUGUAUUGAGGGCUUGAUUUCUGGACUUGAUUAAAAUGUGCGGACGACUCAGGAAUAAGACUUCCGUUUAAUUACAACCGCUAAAAAUAAAUUCAGUGAAAUUCACAUACCCACGCCAACACCUUAAGAUUCCCUCUCUGCCGGCCCCAUUAAACUCUCUUGGCCAGUAUGUGAAGGCGUUUUCACGGACAGUUUUGUUUUUAAAUGAAGUUUUGGGGGAAAAUUCAAGUUCAGUUCUGUUUCUCAAUAAUACGGUCAUCGAAGAGGUAGCUGAAAGAUGACGGUCUUAUCUCGGUAUCUUGCUGUUUGCUCUUUCAAAAUGAAAAUCCCUAGCCUUGUUCUGUUACAUUUCGCAGUAUUCACCUAUUUCUUUGCACACUUCAGUCGAAUAGCAUCGCAGACGUUCUGUGCAGAUUACAAAAAAAGACGAAGUUUUCAAUUUUAAAAUAUUCUGUGUGCAUGACAGGAUAACAGAUUGAGGAAUAGAGUUGUUUGUUUGUUUUUUAAAACCCAAAUAACAAUUUACCUCUAACUUAUACAAUAGCAACUUUAAGACUGAUUGGAGGAAGUGGGCCUGGAGAGGGCAGAGUGGAGAUCUAUUACAACGAUACCUGGGGAACGGUUUGUGACGAUAAUUGGGAUAAAAAUGAUGCUCGAGUUGUCUGUCGUCAGCUUGGGUAUUCGUUUGCUGUCAGUGCUCCACACAGUGCACGGUUUGGUCAAGGAAGUGGAAAGAUUUGGCUGGACGAUGUUCAGUGUCAGGGAAAUGAGAGUUCCAUUGUGAGUUGUCGACACCGUCCAUGGGGUGAGCAUAACUGUGUACACAAUGAGGAUGCAUCAGUGAUCUGUUCAAGUAAGCGUAAUAAUAAAUAG